AUGGAAGACAAUAGUAGUAAUUCACCACGCGAAAAUGAUUGCGGAGGCGACGGCGAAGAAGAAGAAGAAGACCGCGAACGAUUAGUGAUAAAGGACGAAAAAGAUUCCAGUUCGUCGUCUUCGUCUCGAUUUUGUAUAGAAGAGACUCCAGUUUUGAAUCCACCCAGGUAAGAAAACAAACGCUGCUGGCUUACCCGUUUAAAAAAUUAAUAUUGAUCUGAAUAGUAUACGUUAGAACCUAUAACGUAUAACCUUAGAAUUUUAUCCAAACAGUAGCGUGUGCCAAUGGGAGAGGUUAGGAGUUAUAUCACCCCAUUUACUUAAAAAUGCAACUACUAUGUGUAAUUUUAUCUUAAAAUCGAAUAAAAGUUGGCUCUUUUUGAUCCGGUUUUAAAAUUUUGACGGUCGGUUUAGAUAAGUAUACAACAAAAUCGUAACUAUUAUUUUUACUACAUCCAUUCUAAUCGAAAAUUCCCGGACACGCCACAACGUAUAACUUAUUGUUACCUAUAGUUAGGAUUUAUAUUGUGCGCGGUGAAAAAUUAUUUUUAAAGAAAAAAAACCGCAUCGCGUUGUGGAAUGUAAUAUAAUAUUAUUCGGGCAUUUAUUUAAAAAGUACAUAGUGGACGAAUGUAUUUAAUUACAAGCCUCAGUCUAACUGUCUAAUUUGUAUAUCAAACUAAUUGUUUCGCUGUGUUAAUAAAAUAACAAUAAAAAAUAAUAGGCACUUUUUGUCAAAGUUUUUUAGUUAAAUAUAUUUUUUAUAAAAAUCCUGUUUUCGAUUUAGAGGUCACGAUUAUAAAUCGGUCAAAACCAUGAUGCACCAUUCCGAACAAAAGAUACGGGACGUCAAUUAAAAUAUUUAAUUGAUAAUAUUAACUCCGCUGCAAACACACUUCUUGUGUUACAGCCGUGUGUAGAAUUCCGUUUUUGUUUCCACUUUAAUUAUGAUAUAUUAACGGUAAUAUAUAGAGUACGCAAUUUGAAAUCAAACUAAAUAUAUUCGUACACGAUAUUUAGAAAUGUUAACAUAUUAAUUCAAUGAACACAAUAAUCGAGAACCGAGCCCUGAUUAAAGGCAGGGGCUUUGGAUAUAAAGGGAUAAGUUAAGCCCGUUGUGUGUAUAAAAUGUUCGUUUUAUAAAAAAAAUUUAAAAAAAAAAUAGUACUUUUUAAGAAGUAUUUCUUAAAAAUUAUCAUAAAACGUAUACAAAGAGCGUCCACCUUAUAUCAAGUUCACACUGGACUCCUGAUCCGGCCUUGUCGAGGACCCGUUCGAAGAAAUUAUUUCCCGCAAGCAUUCCGAAAUCUAUAGUCCAAAAUGUUGAUGUCCGCCACCCCUGUAAUGAAUGAAAAUAUUUAACUUACUUAUACCUACGUAUAUAUUAUGUAUUAAUCGGACCACUCGUUUUAGACUGUGAGCGAUCAGCUUUUUGACCAGUAAUCUUGCUCUAAUCGUCGUCUUCCGAGAUAGUUUCUGCUAAUAAAUUAAGUGAUAAUAAUAAUGAAAGGAUACUGUAUUCAUUUCGAUUUUGGUUUUCCGUUGUUAUUCAAUGAAGAACAACCGUAGAAACUUGAAAUUUUCACCGAAUACUAUUAUUUUAUAUUAGCAUUUUCUAGAUAUGGUAUAAUUUUCGAAAUUUAUCUGAUUUUUUGUUGUAUUCCUUCUUAAAAAAAAACCGUUGAUUCAAAAACGCGCGUUGUUGUUUUUUCGGUAAAUAUUUAUAGGUAUAGAUACUGUAGUUAAAAUAAAAUAACAUUCCUUAAGUCGUUUCUUCCGUUCCGAUUGAUUUAGAUUAUAAGAACAAUUCGAAGUAUGCAGUGAUCGGAUAUUUUUUUUCCUGUUUUCCUAAACGGGCAAUUCUAUUCAAAUGAGUCAUACAUAUUUACAAUUUGAUCUAAAAUGUGGUUACGUGUAUAGACAACCUUAAUUAGGUAUUUCAUUCUUAACAGUUUUACGGUUUUUCGUAAUGGUAAAGAAUAGCUUAAUGAACAUUUUUUAUCUUGUACCCAUUCUAAUUUAUUAAUACUUAGUUACAAUUUUGUCUUUAAGAGGCCGUCGGCGGUUGCGGCACGAUAGUUUUUUGACACAAAACCAUGUAUCGAAAAAUCGUUUAGUUUUACAUUGCCAAAAAGGCCACUUUUUAAUUUUCAAUAUUAUUGUUUGGUACAUUGUACACAAUAUUAUUCCUAACUGAAAAUCAUCAUUUCUUACCCAAUAUAAUAUUAUAUAUUUUUCGUAAUAAGUAAAAAUUCUAAAAUCACUUUGAUCGGUGUGUAUUUAAUUUUUUUUUUUUUGUUUCCCGUUAUCUUAGUGUUAUUAAACAAUUUUCCCGACUAAUAUUGUAUACAAUACAUAUAUUUGUUUACAUAUAAGAAGCCGUUUUUUUUAUUUUGGUCAGAAAGUAAAUUUAAAUCAAAUUUUAAGCCGUUAAAUUAUUUUAUCAUAUUUCUUAAAAAUGUCCUGAUUACAUUACACGCAAAGGGCGUGCUACCUCCUGUAUUUUAAAGAUUACGUAUAUGCUAUUUUCAGGACAUUUUCGAAAAAAUGAAAUUUGAUCGUCUCAGAAAUAUUAAAAUUCUCUUUCACGUAAGUUUCCAAAUAGUCCCGCAUAAUUGUCAUACUAUAUAUUUCUUGUGUAAUCAUGAAAUUAACAAAAAUAAUUAUGGAAAACCUCGCAAAAAUUACUCUGACAAUAGACUUGAUUAAGCAACCAAAUUUUUACCAAAAAAUAAAAAGAAUUUAUACUGUAUAUUGAUCUCCUUCCGCGGUAAACAAUUGAUACAUUCGAAUGAACUCUAUAAGAUCUAUAAGCCGUAAUAUUUCCCCGCGAAAAAGUUUUUACAGUGGAAUUUCGAGUAAUAGUGCGUCCUUUUCAAUUUCGAUAGUGUGUAGCGUUGGUUAGGUUAGGUAGCCUCUUUUAAUAACUGCAGAAAAAAUUAUUUUUUUACUCAGUGAUCAGCAACGCAAUUAAGGUUUUCGAAGGAGAGUGUCACAUGUCAACCUAAAAAAAUUAAUUAUAAAACACGUUUUUAACACAUUUUAAUACAUUUAUAUUAUACUAAAACGAUUGCAAUAGAGAUAUGGCUAGUAAAACGAAAAAAAAAAAAGGUUAUUUUUUGACAAUAAUAGUAUAAUAAUAUUAUCUCUAUGACUUUUGUGAUAUAAUACAUAAUUGUUGUGUACAAUCGAAGUUUUCGAAAAUAUUGUAGAUUAUAACCGAGUUUAUUGACUCGCGUUAUAAAACCAAACUACCUAAUACACAUUAUAAUAUCUUUAGUCGACUGAAAUAUUGUGUGCAUACGGUCCUUCGUGUCGAUUGUUCUACGGUUGUUGUUUUCGUUAAAAUAUCACGAAUUUCACGAUACCGUUGGCAAAAUAUUCCACCGACAUAACCGACAACGUAUAAAUAAUAAUCUACAGACACACUUCUGAUUUAUCAAAAUAACGCAAAAUUAUCGCGUUGAUCGUAUUAAAAUAUCGAGUUAUUAUUUAUUGGUAUAUAACUCGACGCAGUACCGCAGUGGCUUGUUUAAAGGGCUGAACUUAGGAGUCUUCGGUCCCACCCCUUGUUGGGCGUGUUAAAAUACAAACACACACACACACACACACAGUAUAAACUAUUCAGCGUUGAAAACUUAUUACAAGGGCAAAUAUUUAUAUGUUAUUGCAUAGUUUUGCUAGUUUAUACUAAAUUAUAUUUGAUCGUUUCGUGACAGCGAUUCUAUAUGAUUUUUCUCUAUGUGGGUCGUUAUAGAAGCCUAGAAACCAGAAAAUAAUAAAAUAUGUAUUUGUGUUUGAAAAAUAUUAAAUUUAAUAAAAUCGUUCAAAGGUUGUAACUUAUUGGGUGCUAAUAAAGAAACUUUACUAAACGGAUAUUGAACAGGAAGAAUCGUAUUAUUAAAGCUAAAAAGUUAUUAUUUGUUUCAAUACGAUUUCGAAAUACAUCAUAAUAUAAUUUGAAUGUUUUUUUUUUUUAUUUAAUCGAUUAAUCGUAAAAUAUUUUUUUUUUUUUUACAUAACAAUCAGCAUAAUAUACUUAACCGAAUUUUAUUUUUGUUCUAUAUAGUUUUUGAUGAAUAAGAACAAAUAUAUUAUAUAUAAGAAAAAUUGCAACUAUUUAAUUUUUAUUAAUUCUUUGGUCAGUUACAUUUUUUGACUUAGUUGUAGGAAAAUAUUCUAAACUAUAUUGUAUUAAGUUCUGUAAUUGAUCACAAACUUAAGUAUAACUAAAAUAUCAAUUAUUUUAUUCAAUUAAUAGGGUUUUUUUAACAUACAGUUAAACAGAUGUUUUUUUUAAAAAAAAAAAAAAUGUUUUACAACUUGUAAGCAAUUUUGCGAACAGAAAUCUUGCUCUAAUCAUCUACUUCAGAUGUGGUUACUCGUAACUUUCGUCUAGUCGGAGAGGUUUUUUUUAAAAUUUUACUAAUAUUUUUUGUUUUUUUUUUUUUCAUAUUUUUAACGUUUUAUUAGGUUGGUACUAUUUGUAAUAUAAUUUAUCAUAAAUAAAAACAGGUUUAUGUUAAAAAAAAAUAGUAGGUUAUGGAAAAUAUUUCUCGAAAUAUUAAAAAUAUAAAAAUGUUAUUUUACACGCUUAUUUAUUUUUUUAUGAUUUAACGUACAUUAAUUAAUCAAUUGUUAAAAUCUCGCUGUGUUUAACAAUUUAUUUAUUUUCAUAUUUUAAGUCGUAAAAGAUAAAAAUGUAAUUUAAGAAUUGAUUUAAUUGAAAUUAUCAGUAGGUAUAAAUUAUACGAGUAUUAUGUUCUAAUGUUAUUUCAAUUAGUAUAUACAUAUUAUCAAAAAAAAAAAAUCGCCUUAUAAAGUAUAUAUGUAUAUAGUCAUACGUGUUCUGCAUGUAACGCGGGUUAAAAAAUAGAACUCGACACACGGAUGAUAGUCUGUCAUUAAUUAACUUUGUAUUUGAAUUAAAGUUGUUAUAUAUAUAUAUAUAUAAAUACAACUUAUUUUAUGAAUGAAUAAUUUGUUUAUCUAUUUAAAUACCACCGAUGCAAAUGCAUACCGAUAUAAUUACUAUUAUAGUUAUGCAAAUGUAUUUAUUCAUAUAAUAUGCAUAUACAACGCACAAAAUAAUAAUGUGUAGCCAGGCAUAGAGUGCGACACAAUUUUAACACAAAUCAAUCAUUUUUAUAUUUAUCUAAAUAAUUUUUUUUUUUUUUUUUAGGUUAAACAUUUAUUUUUGUAUAAUCGCAGAAAAGACGAUAUGCGGGUCAACAACAAAAUUAUUAUUUUUAUCCGACUAAUUUAACCCUAUUCGUAUAAUAACAACUAUCAAAAACCGAAUUAUAGAGACUGCCGUUAAUAUAGCUUUAUGUACCCAGGGUUGGCAAUAUCUUCGAUAAAAAUAUCUUGGAUACAAUUGUAUCAUGUAUCGCGAUAUACAGUUCAGAAAAGUAUCGAAAAGUAUUUAUAGUCCUAUAAAUACUAAUUUUGAAGUGAAGACACUUCAAAAGACACUUCUUGUCCAUAAGCGCAUUUUUCGUCUUUCUUUUAAAAAAAAUACAUUACAAUUGAAAAUGAAACCCAAAAAGGGCCUUUUGUAAUUUUUUGAUUGGAGCGAGAUUUCUUGUAGAAAAUUGUUUACAGCCACUACAAAAAAAUAAAAUGUAAAAAAUCAUUUCAUUCCUUAUUGUUUCGCUAAAAAUCUUAAAAAUACAGCCCAAGUCGUGCGUUUGUAAGACAGAUACAAUAAAUUCACGUGUAGCGUUCUUAUAAUGAUUUGCUGCGUGUAAGCAAUUGAACUAUCAUUAUCUAACAUUAUCACUGCCUAGUGAAUUUGUCGUUUAAAAGUAAAUUUCGUCCAAAAGAGACGUGUUCAUGUAAAACACGAAAAAAUACCUUUGGCGGUAGUAUUAUAAUUUUUACUCGUUAUAUACGUAUAUAUGAAUACAUUUCAGACAAUGAUCCAAAAUUAUCUAGAUCCUGGAUUAUGACAAUAAAUUUGUUUUAAAUUAUUACUGGAACGAGUUAUAUUCAAAAUUAAAAAGUGGCCAUUUUGACCGUGUUAAAAAACCUUUUUGACGAAUUAAUUUUUAACAAAAUCGACGCCCGUAUAGUUUCUUGGAUACAUUUGUGUCCUUUAAUAUAUUUAUCGUAGCGGUUUUACGCUAAAUCAUACUCGUUUCUAGAUAAAACGAUUUUUCGGAUCCAAGAAUUUUAUAUUUAAAAAACCUUCACGCUGACAUCUUCGCAAAUAAUGCAAGCAAUGUGUUCUUAUUAUACUCCUAAACUUAAUAUAAAAUAACUAGAUAACCGACUCCAUAUAAUAGUACCCUCUUGUAGUGUAAAAUGUUGAAAGUCAACAAAGUGUAUAACUUAUCUCAACCAAGAGUUAUCAGUGUUUACGUAUUGAAACAAAGUGAAUUCAUAUUAUUUCGUAUAUUAUUGUUCAGAUGCCCGUAAACUUUAUGAUUCCUAUUUAUUCCUGGUAGUCAAUCGGUUCGUAUCAAUAAACAAAAUGUAAACACAGACUUCUCUGAUAAGAAAAGUAGUCCAUUUUUUCGGCGCAAAUAACAACAGCGAAACGGUUGUCCAUAUUGUAUUAGUUGUUUUAAAUAUUGCGUGUGAUGUAUCAACGAUGUUAAAAUUUGAAUUGUACAACCAUUGUUUCAUUCGUGUUUUAUUGUUUUAAAGCUAAAAGACAGUAAGAUACGGCGUGAAACUUUUCUUCUGGAAUUUUAGACGUCCCCUUUUAUGAAUUUUUUUUUCAAACUGUCGUGAUACUGUCAUAGAUGUCCAUUCUAACUUAAAACUAUACCAAAGGUUUUCCUUUAUUCUUUCCCCCCUGGCAGGUUAUUGUCACUAUUUCUGUCCAUUCGAAACCUACGCAUUUUCGAUAGCAUGCCAUUUCAAUAGAUAUAUUUGUGUGAUAAUAUGAUAUACCUAUACUAUAUAAUAUUCUCUCGUGUUAUUAUUUCGUUUCUAUUUUUGCGCGUUUUCAGAGAAAAUCGCAGCGAUGACGUCUUAAUUUCGAACACUGCCAACUUUCAUACAAAAAAUAAUAAUAUUAAUAACCAAAAAAUUAUUAAUCGUUUAAAUAUCGAAUCUCGGUACGUCAAAGAAAACGUAUUCGUUAUAUUAUUUUUUUUGUAUCGAUCAUCGGCCACAUUAAUUAUGCCUGCUUAAAUUCUUCUUAUCGCAAACCGGUCGGUUCACACGGUCAAAAAUACUAUUCCAAAUAUUUGGCGUGUAUAAUAUUCACAUGUCAAACGUCAGAUGUUAUUUCAGAACCGUUCCUCAAAAUAUAUUCCAUGGACUCGUCAAACAAAAUACAUCGAUUAUUAUAGAAAAUUAUGUCAUCAGCAUUAUUUUUAUUAUAUUUUUAUCUGCCUUGUCUGUAUUGAUAUUUUUUUUCGUUAAGCCUAUAUGUACUUAUUCUAACAAGAUUUAUUAUUUUCAAAAAUAAAUAUUUUUCAAUUUUGACGUAAUAAAUACUUACGUAUACAUAUUUUGAAAUUAUAAACAUUGCUUGAUUUAAUCAUCAUUUAGUCACGUACUUAGUUCGCGUUACUUUUAUAUGCAUAAUAUGUUAAUGAAAAAAUAUUAAUUACUAUUUAAAAAGACGUGUGUAUUGGUAUAACGAAUGCUAAAUCUUAAAUAAUUAUCUUAUUUUGAAUUUCUACAUUGUUAUUUAAAUCGUACCUAUACGAGGUGUUCACUAAUCAUUUUUGUCUUUUGUUUUUUUUUUUAAUUAAUAUUAUUUCAUAUAUCGGCUUGUUUUGAUGUGUUACAGAUUUGUACAAAACCUCAGUACAUUUAAAAGAAUAUCUGUUUAUUAUUGCAUUUCCAUCUACAUCAUAUUGAUCAAUUUCCGCAAAGAGUCGCACCUUAUUUCAAAAAAGAAAAGAGAUCCCGUCUUCCUCGUAUCAUUCUCAGUCGCACCCAACUACCUUUUUUCCGAUUAUCCUCUCUUCUUCUUUCCUCCUACGUUUAUUUUAAUUACAAUUCUUAUUGCUUCUGAUUUAUCCCUCCGCAUGUCCAAAGUCAAUUUUUCAGAAAAUUCAUGCCUACCGGAAUCACCCACCUGAUUCCACCAGUAGAAGCUCGGUGUCCCGGGUUCACUUAAUCCGUAGCACCAUAGAGGUAGCUCCCCUAGGCGUGAAAUAAAUAGUUAAAAACAAAAAUCGAUUUUAGCAGGAGAAGUUUUAGGAUGUUAUAAUACCUCCCGAAAUGUGUUUGUCAUUUUUUUGAUAUUUUAUAAGUUAUUAAGAUGUUUGUAAAGGGGAUCGUCUUUUUAAUACAUAAAUCAUUUCUGAUAUAAAUUAUAAUAUUGAAAAGCCGGAAGUCUUGGCUGGUCAUGUUGAUAGUAUUGAAUUAUCAAAUUUAUAGACACAAUUAAGAGAACACGAUACCCGCAUACGCGCCUCCGUCCCAGAAAUGCUCGACGCGGCAAAUUAGCGUUCAGCAGGGACGUUGUGUGGUUUGUUUUAAUGUUAGAGUAAAUUGACCUAUAAUCGAACUUAAAUACACGAAUAUUAUCUGUGCAACCACAUCGAGUUUUUUCGAUAUUUUUAUUUCGAUGCGGGACACCAUUAUGUAAAACAUCACAGUUUAAAAAUGCAUGUAUCUCGCUUAAAAAUAAAAAUGUAGAAACAAAAAUCCGACGUAACAUUAUAUACUUAUAAUACCUAUAAUAAUAGCAUAUUGUUCGGCGAUGUAAAUUUUAAAACAAUUAUAUUUCUGUAUGUGUAAUAUUUUAUUCGUAAAAAAAAAAAAAAUAAUGCUGAAAAAAUGCGAAAAAUUAUGACUUACCCGAGCAGAACGGCCAAUGCCAUUCCUUAGUCUAACGCGUUGGACCGCUCGUCCACACCUGUACUAUACUGAAUCCGUUGUUUAUUAUUAUUAUUUUUUCGGAAAAAUCACGUUCAAAACUAUUAAAUACAUUGAUUAAAAACAUAAACGAUUUUUACAAAGAUAAUCAUACCUCGCAACAUGGGCGUGUUACGUGAAAAACGAUUCCGGGGGAAAUGCGGCCAAACAUAUUUUGAUAAAUUAAUCUAUUAAUAUAUUAAAAACAAAACCCGAAUUUUCGAAUAAGUUUUACGAUUUUAAGAACUCCGUUUUGGUAUACAACCGUUCGAGAUUAUUCGUUUGAUAGCUGAAUGCACUAUCGACAAUCAGGUUACCGGAAUCAACAACAAAUAUUUAAAACUACGUUAAAAGUCUUGGGUGUUACUGGUUAUCCAUUGGUAAAAUACCGUUUGGUAAACAAAACGUUUUGGCGACAUUGUAACCGAAUAGUAAACAACAGCAAACCGUAUAUAAUACCGAAAUCUGUAUCGCCAAAACACGUCUAUUAAUCAACAGUUUAACGCGAAAGAGUUUAUCAUCAUAGUUAAAAAGAAACCGAAAUUAACGAAAACCUGAUUGUAGCAUAUUAUUUGUGGACCUUUAAAUUAGCGUAUUUUUUAUAAUAUGAUUUUAUCUCGAACGGUUAAUACCAAACCGGAGUUUAUAAAAUCGUAAAACUUAAUUAGAAAUUCGGAUAUUCGAUUUUUGUUCUUAAUGUAUUAUAGAUUAAUUAAUUAAUCAAUAUACGUUUAAUCGAACUUUCCCGGCAGAAUCGUUUUUCAGUGAUUUGUCUAUAGCUGAUGCCAAACUCUUCCGCUUUCGAUUAACAGACGUGGUUUGGCGAUACAGAUUUCGGUAUUUACGGUUCGCUGCAUUGUUUGCUGUUGUUUACUAUUUACACGGUUACAAUAUCGCCAAAACGUUUCGUUUACCAAACAGUGUUCUACCAGUGGAUAACACCCAAGACUUUAAACGUAGUUUUUAAUAUUUUUUGUUGAUUCCGGUAACCUGGUUGCCGAGAGCGCAUUCAAUUAUCAAACAACCACAGUAAACAAUACCAAGUGGCGCGAUUUUGAGGUAGCUUGGCUUCUGUAUCGUCUGAGGGCCCCCUUGACGAAUAGGCAAAACCCCGUCAAUCGUAUUCAUUUAAUAUUUUAGUGGGGACCGAGGUCUAUGAGCUGAUUGCGCUAUCCACUAUCGCCGAAACAGUUUGUUCGCUAAUCCAGUAAAAGAGUUACUCAAAACUGCAUCACCGAAAUCCGCCUGUUAUAUACCGACGAUUAGCGCCCAAGUCAUCUAUUCUCGUUGGUCCGUUUACGGGUAACAAUUGGAUCAUUUGGUUCCGAACAAUUCAACAGUCCUAUUAAAAACUCGCGUGAUAUUUUUUUCAUAGCUCAUCAUGAUGAUGUAUUAAAAAACAGCGGUGACUAACUACGGGCCGCGGUCAUUUGUUAAUCGUCUCACCGAAGUAUUACAUCAAAAUUGAAAAAGCAAGUAACUUCAAAUUUAGAAAAAAAAUUAACACUCCCAUUGAAAACGGACGUGUUUAUACUUAAAGAUUUCACUGUUGUUGUUAUGCUCGAAUAAAGUUUUUACCAACGGGAUUAACAAAAAUACAUUAAAGUUUCUUCCCGUAACAUCUGUGUUCGCUUCGAUCCAAUCGUAUUCGAUACACGAGUGUUAUCACAUCGUAUGACAUCACGGUACUCUAGCCUGAUUUUAUUGCCCGUUAUCGCGAUAACAGAUUUUAUGCUGUUUUAUUUACAAAAUCGAAAGGCGAAAAAAAUGAAUGAAACAAUGUCGUAUAGUGUUCGGAUGAAUGAAUACAACUGGCCAUUUCCCUCGCGGGUGCAUUGUUAUUGUUUGUUUAUGUUUUUAACAAUAACGGCCGCGAUAUUGCGAAAAGUAGUAUGCUAAUAUAAUAAUAAUAACGUUACAAAGUUACGGUGCAGUCGGGCAGGCAUAUAAUACUAUUACAAUAAUUAUUAUACGUGGGGCCGGCGGCGUUACGCGAGCGGUUCGGCGGUGGCGGCGCGGCGGCGACGGCGGCGGCGGUGGGUGUAUCCUUCCCCUCGCUCGCCAAACCAUGACCUUGGGUCACGAGAAUAAUAUCGUUACCGUCGGUGCAACGGCGGCGCGGAAAGCAGCGUCCGCGAUGCGCGGACCGCCGCCGACAACGCGAAGUGCAUUUCGUGCGUCAGCGGGCGGGCAAAAUUGCGCGCGCGCGCACUUUCCCCGUCGGCCGUCGCAGUGGUGUACGUAUCCGUGUGCGCGUCCUCCCCCCCUCCAGCUCACCGAUCCCGGUUGCACUGAGCGCGCGCAUACAAAACGGCCCGUGGCGGGACGACCCACCGGAGGCGGCGUUGGCGGGCGGCGCGGUCGUGCGGUGCGGUGCUACGGACGCCCGCCGAUUUUGUUCAAUGUGUCAAGCGUGUCCGUCCUCGUCGUCGUCGGCCGCCGCGCCAGUUGUAGUUAUCGAGUCGAAAGCAACAUGUGCCGUGCACGCGAUUCCAAGUUGAGUGCGGUUAGGGUUUUGGACGCUUACGCCGCCAUCGCGACGACGGAGGCGCUCUGAACGUCAUUUACGAUUCCCGUUCGCGCCCGUAUACACGUUAUUCUUUAUUAUUAUACCGUCGACGUUCCGCUGUCGGUCGAACGUUUCAAUAUUUAAUUCUUUUUUUUUCGUUUUUUUCUCUCUUCUUCUUUUUUUUUUCUUUUUUAUUUUUUUGUGAACAUUCGCGUUUCAUUCUCGUCCAUCGCGUGGCCGCCGCGCCGGCAUAUUAAUACGAAUCGGUAAAACUGGCGUACUUCAACGGCAACUAUCCCGUCCACCGUCGUGGCUUCAGCGAUCUGCACCAAGACGGCGCGAUGACCGUGCCCCACAGUCUCAGCGUCGCCCCGGGGGGCAUAGGGCUGCAGCCGACGCCGUACCAACCCUCGUCGACCGCUUAUCACCUGCAGGCCGCCGCUCACUACGAACAGGGUUUCAACGGCACUGCCGGGGCCCCGGGCGACGGAUACUAUUACAACAACGUGCAUUACGCGGCGUAUAACGGCGUCGGGCCCGGCGCCGUCGGUCACAACAACAACCACCACCACCACCACCAUCACCACCAACAGCACGGCGUCGCCGGCGAUCAUGUCAACCGCAACGCGUACUCGACGGCGUCCGCUGCGGCGUCUCUGCAGCCGGUCUUGGUGCCGGACGACAAUAACUUUAACGGCUUUCCCAACUUCAACGGCGUGAAUUACCAACAGCGGCCGAGCAACGCGUCGUCCUACGCGUCGUCGCCGUCGUCGUCGUCGCUGUCGCCGUCGUCGCCCGUCAUCCCGGCGUACGGCGGUCCGGUCAUCUCGCCGAACCAGACGCACGACAUACACGGGGUGCCGGCUCUCCCCUCGAUCACCCCGCGGGCGAAUCACGCCGCCGGGCUCAUAAACAACAAUAGCGCGCCGCCGCCGCCGCCGGUAAACCGCCACGACCUGAUGCCGCCGCCGAAACUGCAACAGAACCGCCACGAACUAGAGUACAAAAACUUGGCCGGCGUAUCCGCCAGCAAGUCAUGCAUGACGUAAAUUUGCUUCUUUAUUAUUAUUAUUAUUAUUAUUGUUAUUGUUAUUAUUAUUAUUAUUAUUAUCAUAAUUAUCAUUACUCUAAUAGCCUGUACAGCUUUCGAGUUUUCCCCCGGGCAGAAAACGCAUUUUCCGUUGCGACUGGCCGUGUAUUAUGGAUAUGUUGGGGCUCAAACUCCGCGAAAGGCCGGCGUUUUUUAUUUAUUUUUUUUUUUUUCUGUUCCAAAUUUUAGUCUUGAAUACGAUUAUUUAUUUAUUUAAAACCAAUAGGAGACGGUUUUCUCGUUGUCCGCAGUGUACGUAUUAUACAAGUUCAAAACGUCUGGUUUUGUUGUCCGAUAAAAAAAAACCAAACAAAAAGAAACGAUUGUUGUUUAAGGCGUAAUAAUCGAGCGAAUGGUUUGGAGGGGGGGGGGGUAAAAAACGGUCGGAAACGGGCCGUUAUAAUAGUAAAUACCCAAACGGUUGUGUCGAAAGUGUCAGUCGCUAAUGAUUAAGUGUCGCGGUAAACUCCCCCCGACACAAACGGCGGGGGCAGAGGAAGGGGAUAAUUGUAUUGCCGACACCACAGUGAGUUUGAGAAUUCGUAGGUGUUCACGUUGUUCCGUAGGCGCCUCUGCACCUGAGCCCUUAAACUGUGAACAGUGCGACUUUGUAAUUUGAUCGACCGUGUGUUUUUUCAAUUGGUUUUUUUAUUGACCGGAUAAGAUUCUACGUUUCGGAAUCCACAACAAUUGAUCUACCGCGGGCGAUAUCAAUCGUAACAAACCAAACAGUCGGCAGCGUUGAUAUACAGACCGAUCAAAUUCAAUGUUCGAAUAUCAAUACGAGUGUCUCGGCCCGUAAUGUUCCAAAGACUUUGAGAUCAAACCGAGUUUAUCGUAGACUCAUAAUCGUUAUUGCAUAUUUACGGUUUAGUUUUGUGUUGUUUUCAAUAACAGACCCGCGGACAGACCAACAAUCGAAUAACGCUAAACGCAUUAAUAACAAUGAAAAUUACACUCGAUACGUUUGGGCAAUUUUUACCAUUACGGUUCGUUUUUCGUUACAGCGUAUAUUUUGCCGAACAUCAUUGCCCCUCUACUCCCCGCCCUUGGCUUUCGUCCGGUUCGUCGAGUCGCCAAAUCGCGUUUCGCCACUUCUCCGAAAGGUCCCGGACGAAACAUUCGAAACGCGGGUGUCUGUAGAAUUCGAAAUAAUAAUAAUAAUACGUUUUAAGUAUGCUUAAUGCCGGUUAUGGUUUUUUUUUUUUUUUUUUAAGAACUAUUUCGUUUUCGAGAAAACUUUGGCGCCGAUGGAGUGGUUAUGGUUCUGUUGGCGCAAUAAUAAAUUGCGCCGGUGUACUUCCACGCUCGUUUUAAUAUAUUUUUCUAACCAAAUCUAAAACAGUUUUCUAAAAUCAUUUACAAAAUAACCUUCCGUGGACAAAUCGAUUUAGUGUGGUGACAUUAAAAACGAUUUAAAUUAUCGUAAACUUAAAAAAAAAAAAAAAUGUCGGAAAAUUAACAAAUCGGUCGUGUUUGUUGUUAAACUAAAAUGUAGUAUCAAAAUAUUUUUGUUUAAAACAAUGUAACAGAAUUGAGGAAGAAAGGAAGGAUCUAGUAAUUAUCACGAGAAAAUAAAAACCUACGAAAUAUCGGACGGACCUAACAACGUGUAUGGCGGGUGUCAGGUUUUCGCAUUGCAGCCUGUACAUAUUUUAAUGUCAGAUUCCCAGUGCAUUAACGUUGUAGGCGAUGCGAUAUUAGGUACCCGGGGCCAAGGACUGCCGGCGUUUGCGUGUAUAUUUUGUCUCGCCGCGUCGCCGUGAAGAAAACGGCUCGGCUAGAAAGAAAUUUGUUUCGUGAUACGCAAUUAUAAAAAAAAAAAAAAUUGUAUUUGUUCGUGCGCGGGGAUGAUGAAUGCCAAAAUUUAUUUGUAUACCUCGAUAAAUCGAUCAGUCAAUUACAAUAAUACACGUUAUGUUCCAAUGUCUGAACACGGUCAAUAAAUCGAUCAAAAUUGAAAGUUUCAUCGAGAAAGUUUCGGUUGUUUUUGUUUUGUUUUUUUUUUUUACGCGAGUAAUUACCGCGGCGUGCGUGUUGCAUAAAUUCAGUGGAUUGUUGUUCGUCUUGUUUCCGGCGGUUUUUGAACGACGAGACGAUAUUUGCAAACGAACAUAACCCCGGGGGAAAAAAAUCGCAGAGCGCAUAUUUAUCGGCGUUUUGUUUUUGUUUUUUUUUUUUCUUCAAACUGUAGCACGCGUACAACAACGGUCGUUAACGGCCGGCGAAUUAUAAUAACGUUUAUAAUGGAAAUUAUGGAUUCGCGUAAAAAAUAAUACGAUUUCGAAUAUUUUUUUUUUUUUUUUUUUUUUUUCAUCCGCUGGACGAUGUCGUUCGACAACGCGGACAGUGUGAUUUUUGCGAUUUCCUCGGCCCCGCCCCCGGAUAAAUAUAUAUUUACGAUAACACUGUCGCGUACUGUGAACGCUAUUCCUUUGUUCCGUCCAACUGUCGCUGUGUGUACUACUCGUGAUGAUCACGAUCACGUUCGGUAUUGUUGUUAUCGUCCGUCCGUAAAAACGGCCGGUGCGACCGGCCCCGGUGGCGCACGGCUCCGGAGACCGUUCGCGGCGUGUCCGCUCGGCCGCGCUCGCGACACGACAUCGCCGGUCGGUUUUUCACGGCUACGCGACAAUGGCCGCGGCGGCGUAUUAUUUUCCCUCCCGCCGUCCAUCGUCGUGAAUCGCCGACGGGACGCCGCGUGAUUUACCGUUCCCGUCGCGUGUGUCGAGUCGAGUCGAGUCGAGCGCGGCACCGCAAAAGAAAAUUCCCGGGCACGCCACUGGUUUUCAACGUGAUCCGCGGACUGUCCGUGACGACGGUGUUCGCCCCGUGUGGCGACGUCCACGUGUUCCGCCGUUCCGACAGCACUCGCCGAAUACCAACGCGGCGUCUCGUUUCGUUUCGGUGCCGUCGCGUCGCACGGUCUCAAACGGCGAACGGCGAAAAUCUCCGCGCGCGCGACCGUCGCGUUUCGAUCGGUUCCACGUCGUCCGUCCGCACCGCGGACCGUUCAAAACCAACGAGAGAUUGUUACUAACCGCGUUGACAUUCCGACAAUCGACGCGACUCCUCUGACGGGACGGGACGGGACGCGCGGUUAAUAAACCGUUCUGUUUUUGCACUUUGCGACACGGCUCCGUUCGCCCGCCCGACCCUCGUUCUCUUUUUCUCGGGUUUCCCUCGUGUCUCUCGUCCCCCCAAACGCGUCCUCUAAUCUUCCACUCGGUCGUUUCAACCGUCGUGAAAACCCGCGGGUGUCUGCGACCCGUCCGUCCCCUUCCGUUGUCGCGCGAUCUUCGGCCCGAAUGCCCGUCCGAACGCAAUAAACUUCCCGCCUCGGUCCCCCCCCCGACCCGUCUUCCGCGGCCGUUUUCCCGGAACACUCGUAGCGCGGUCUUCUUCUGGAUCGUCCGCUUGACCGCGACAAACACAAUGUCUCUCUCCGUCUCCGUUCGCGCCGAGCGCCCGCAUCGAUCUUCUCGUGACCGCCCUGUGCACGUUUCACCCCCCCCCCCCCACCACAACCCACUCGGUGUCUUCUCAUGUUGCCCUUUCGGUUUUUCCGUUUUGUUUUCGACCGUUUUCGUGCACGCGAACCGUGCGUAUUUUACGUAGGUAUAUAUUUAAUAUUACGUUUUCCACGUCUACUCGCCGCACGCGAACCGAAGAAAUACGUCAAUUUUGUGCGGUUUUUUAUUUUUUUUUUUUAUGUCUAAUGAACUCGCAUUGAAACUCAAUACGACUCGACGAUAACCGUAAUAAUAAUGAUACGACGGACGAACUACGUUCUGGAAACGUAAAUUAUUUAUUAUUAUUAACAAUAUAUUUGGGUAUGAAUAGAUUCCAUUACAACCAGCAGACGACGACGGCGCGACGGUCCGUUCGUCAAAAGGCAACGAAACAAUAUUUUUCGGUAAAAAUACAAAUAGAAAAAAAAAAUGAAAAUUUCUUUGCGAACAUUCGGUUCUUUGAAACGUCGUUGUUAUCGUCUCGUACACAAUCGGCCGUUGACUCCGAUAUCAAUUCAACCAGACAUUUUUUCCCAAUAAAUCGCAUAAUCAAUCGCGUAUAUUUAUAUUUGUAUAUUUGUAUGUAUACUGUUCCUGCUUAUCGUAUUCACGUUUUCAAUUAUAAUAUAGUCAUUUUAUACACAGCCAUUCUGGUUUCGAUCGGAUGUAAAAAUAACAAUCCAUUCGCGGUUGAAACCCAGACUCGUUAUCAAAAAUAUGUUUUUUGAAGAACAGUGUGAUUUCAAUAACUUAGAGUUUUUUGAUAAAUUUUUUUUUUUUUUUAUAUUUCCAAAAAAUGCCGACGAUAUUAGUGUAUAUUCUAAAAGGCGUCUAAAAUGCUGUUCGGAUAUUGUGAUGCAUAAAACCGAUUACAAAGGCAUUUUCGUUCGUUUUGCUUGAACGCGGUUUCGCUACACAUUGUCCGGUUACAAAGAGAUGUAGACGACCGAAAUCCGACGACCAUGACGGCAUUUUACUAAUGCUACCGUAAAAAUAAAUCGAUUUUGCCGCUAUAUUUAAAGUCAACGAUUAACGGCGGGUCAAUAUUUACGGCUAAACUUUUGGCAAUAUCCGAACAGACUUUUGUAACGAUUAUUAGUUUAAAUCAAUAAAAAUAUUGUCGGUUUCCUAUGUACCGUUUUAAUGUACGUUACAUAGUUUUCGAAUUUCCUUCGGGUUUUCUAUUAUUCGGUACCUAAUAAUAUUAGUCGUCGCGAACCAGAGCGGUUACAAAUAGGCGGUAUGGUAUAUUUUUAAAAACUUGUGUUCUCCUCCCCCUCCUCCUCCCGUUGACUAAAAGUGGAUUUUUUAACUGUCCGCGUGAGUUAUUUACCUAUACUUAAUUUUAUUUUUUUAUUUUCGGUUUAGUACAAAGCGAAACAAAAAAAUGGAAAAAACGAAAUAGUUCUUUGUGUUGUGGCUAUAAAAUUGCCUAUAAAUAUUAUCGUGUCUACCUACCUCGUCUGUCUAUAUUAUUGUGUAAUAAUACUACUUUGUCUUAGACUGGCCUACCAGUUUCAUCUAUGAUGCGGUUAUGUCGUUUAUUGUUUUUGGGCCGAAAAUAAAAAAAAGGCGUGUGGCACGUGAGAACGGAUUUUCGAAUGCGCCUAAUAAUUUAUGUUAUCAAAUUUUAUUGUAUUUUGAAUAGAUUCGGCUGGAUAUUGUAACAGUGAUGGGGCAUAUAUUCUGUCCACAGUCGAGUCGGGAAAAUGAAACGAAAAAAAAAAUUAAAAAAAAGAAGUAACAUUAAAUUGGUAUUGUGUAAUUUACACGGUUCUUUAAGGAUGCAUAUAAGUAUAAGUAUUUGUUUGCUAUCAACUUAUUACUUUAAAUUCUAUAAUGUAGUAGAUUUUAUCCGAACGUGAGAUUUAAAUCGGUAAAUACUCCCAACCCCCAAGUCCAAAUUGUCCCAAAAAUACAAGGGUAAUGACCUCAUCAUCAAUACACAGUUUUAACCACAUUUUCUAUUAGAAAUCGCCCCCGAAUCCGAUGAUAGGAACGAGAUUUUUGGUAGUAGAGUUAUUCGAAGACGGAAAAAAAAGAAAAUUGGCGCACAUCUUAGUAAAAAAAAAAAAAAAACAAUUGCCAGUACAUAAUGAUAAAGUAUAAUCGUCUAGUAAUAGAUUUUAGAUUCUGUGCGAAGCGAUGAAUUUAUUGAUUUCACAAUGAUGUUUAAUUAUAUAUUUACUGUGUAAAAAUGUCUACCAGAAAUCUUGCUCCGACGUAUCAAGUGUAGCACCUUUUCUAAAAGGAUAUUUUAUCUAUUUGAGACUUUCGAGGGGUCUAUUUUAGAUUUUCCAAGCGGUCAUAAACGGGAUAAACGGACAAAUAUUUACGGUGUAACGAUUUCAUGAUUUUACGUUUCUUUUUUAACUUAUGUUUUCUACUAGGAAUCUUGCUUCAAUCAAAAAAUAACAAGAGACCCUUUUUUGUUGAAAUUGGUUCUAGUUGACGACAAUGAAAAUCAUUUUCCGAACGGUUUUCAUAUAUCCUAUCUUCUCAACUUCCCGCCCACAAUAGUGCACACCCGUCAGCGCUUUUUUUUUUUUUUUUCCAACAUGAGCGAUUCGUUUUAGGCGUCGAAUCCUGUAGACACACCAUGUAUAUAUUAUGAAUGAUUCAAUUAUAAUAUUUAUUUAAAUUAUCACGUUCGACUACGGUACAAGUAUACAUUAUUAUCAUCUGGUAAAAAUGAUAUAAUACGUAUUUUAAGAUUUCAAAAACGAAUAUGUUAUUUAUAUCCGAACACACAAAUAUUAACAUAACAAAUAAUAUUGUCCACACAUUUUUCUUCCCGUACACAACACUAAAUAAUAUAAUAUCGUUGUCAACAUUCUUGGUGUUUUCUCUUCUCUUCUCUUCUCUCCCCCCCCCCUCCAUAGGGUUUAUCGUUUUGUCGUCUAAAGUGGGCGCACACACUACAGCUGCAACACGCACAUAUACCAAUAAAAUAUCUCAGUCGCAUUAUAAUCGCAUUCGAUUUUGCGUUUGCUAUUAAAAAACAAAUGCGGAAUUUAAAUUUCGAAAAACAAAAAAACCGCCAAUAACGAACCGUGUGUGAUUUAUUAUGACACUAAACUUUUAACGUAGAUUAUUUUUAUCAAAAAAAAAUCGUAAAAACUUGAAUAGGGCUUAUCUUUCCCUAUCGGUUUUACUCGAUAAUAUUUUUCGCGGUAAAGCCUUAUAGGUAUACUUUAACUGGACGUAAAAAUGUAAUUUUUUUCUCCCGUUGUUGUCCGUUUAACAUAAUAAUAAUUGUUGAGUGUCUUAACGAGUCGUUAAAAAAAAUAUAUUAUACAUACGUGACCUACCAUAUUUAAUUUCUAUAUUAUGUAUAUUGAGUAGAAAUCGCAUUUUUUUUUUUUACAUAUAUAUAUAUAUAUAUAAUGCGACAAAUAGAUAUUCUAUACACUGCAGUUCUAUCGUGAAAACUAUUUUUGUUACUUGAUCAGUGGUCAGCAUUCGAAUAGUAUGCGGAUAGGCCAUUCCCGUAGUUUUAAAUUCGCGGCCGCGUUUCCAAGAGAAACGACGGAAACAUUACGCCCUUUCAAAACACGUUGGUACAACCGAACUUCUCUCAGUGCGGUUUUUCUUUAGCGACGGUUUAUCGUCGGUUACAGAUAUAAAUUAAAUAACUUAAUGUAUCCCACCUUCCCAACCGCCUACCUACAACUGCAGUGGCCGCACCCGUGCCCAGCUAUAUCAGCUCUCUUUUUUUUUUUCUUUUUUUUUUCCUCACAGCGUAUCUAGGUUUACCUCGUUUAUUUUUACGAAUUCCGAGUCAAAUCUAUAUAUAAAAUGUAUAUGUCAGUAUUAUAGUAAGAAUAGUGAUGGUGGCGAUACGGGUUUUUUUUUUUUUUUUUAAAUGUAUCGGUUUUUUUUUUAUGAUUAUUAUUGUAUAUUUAUGUAUUACGUGUGUUCUAAGAUUAACAUUCGAAUAUAUUACUACUUACAAAACUGCAGUUGAAAACACUUUACCGACCCAGUUGUUGUAAUUGUAGAAUAGACUAUACAAAACAUAACCAAAUACUACUAAUAAUAAUACUAUACUACAGUAUAAAUAUACUACUUCGACAAAAAAAUUGCUGAAAUUUCAGUCUAAUGCAAAUAAUACGAGGCGGGGAUUUAAAAUUUAAACCGCCAAAGUCACGUCAUUGAUACUAAUACCAUAGGCAUAAACAAAAUUCCAUUGUCCUGAUUUGAGAGACCUGUAGGGGUGUUAAGCUGAAACACAAGCGUCGCCUCCCGUGCAACAACAUGGCGACGACUUUAUUUUUAAAUUUAACCCACUUCUAUAGCUUUAAUUCACCAAUAAAACAACUAUUAUUUCCAAGUUUGAGCUCAUCGUUAUUCGGUACGGUGGGAGCCGGAGGGAGCCGCUUAAACGGUAAAAAAUAGCUGGAAAAUUAUAACAGACUUCGUAUCGUGGAAUGUAAUUUCUAUUUUCGUGGGGAAAUUUGACUAAAAACGAUAUUUAAAAUGUAUUGCCUUAUAAACUAUAGUAACAAAAUAUAGAUAGACACCUUUCAUUUUUUUUAUUGAAAUAUUAGUAUGAAUUCAUGAAAAAAAAAAAAUGUAAUUAUAAAAAUAAAACCAAACGAUGUAUUAAAAUUUAUACAAUAAUAUGCAUGUGUAAAUAACGCGUUCGCAUCAAUUAUAAUAGCAUAGGUAUACCCGUACUUAUUACUGUAUUAUAUUAUACCAUUGUAAUUUAUACUUGUAUUAUGAACGAGAAAUGCUUAGUUAUUUCUUGGCUUUCGUCCCAAUUUAACAUUUUGACGGCGCAAAAAAAAAGCCAUUCUCGCGAUCUUAGCCACUGAAUUAACUUCUUAGGUAUCUGUAGUAUUCGCGACUACGACGACAACGACGACGACGACAACGUGGCAAAUAUAGUUUUUUUACUUAGAGGACAAACUAAAUGUCAUUGAUUAUUCUAGACUAGUAUACGCACUUAAAAAAAUAAUAUUGUCUCCUUUGUUUUUUUUAUAUUUAUAUAUAUGAACACCUGAUCAAAUAUCCGUACAUCCAGCGCUUAUUUCUCACCCUAAUAGUAAAAUUAUUAUUCUUCUAUAACUUACAUAUAACUUUUCUAUAUCGUAAAUAACCUCUAAUUACAAGCAGUGAUAAUUGCUUAUCUAGAUGUAGGUGAAAGAUACAUAACAAUUAGGUUUUAACGAAUAUCUAGGUUCUAGGUAAAGAUAAUAUAAUCAGCAAUUUUUAUCUGAAUUAAAAAAAAAAAAAAUAGAUCAUUUUGUUCAUUACCAACCAUAAAACGAAGUGUUAAAAGUAUAAUAAAAAUGUACUAGAUUGGGUGUACACAUAAUGAUUUCAUAAAAAAAUGUGUUUGAUUUAAUUUUAUAUUAUUUUAUGAAAUUAUUAUAACAAAAAUUAAAUAUUUUACUUAUUAUAUUUAAUGAAUAUAUAAAUUACGAUUUAAAACAAUAUUUAUCUAAAGGAAUUAAAGAAAUACAAAAUCUAUCUAAAUUAUAAUUUAUGUAGAUAAAAAAAACAAUAAUUUUUGUAAAAUUGAGCACUACUUAACCUAAUAUUAUAGUUAUUUUCCCUCUAAGUAUGGAUUUUUCGAGUUCACUCGUCUUAAUUAUAUUUUGAUUAAAAAAAACGUUUAAAUAAUAAUUUAAAAAUUAGUUAUAGAUACGUAAUAUAAUAACAAUAAUAUUAUUUUUAAUAUGACGCCCGUGUAACGCAGUCUGAGAAUUUUCAAUUCGAGUACUUGCGUAGGGACUCUACGAACGAUUUUUCAUUUUAUAUUUGAUGACUGUAUAAUAUAUGUAUAUUAUGCGGAUAUAAUUGUCCUCUUCACUUUAAAAAAAAAAAAAUAAUAAUAAAUAAAUAAAUAAAUAAAUAAAUAAUAGCGAAUCCUCAUAGAAAUAAAUUACAUUGGUCGCGAUAAAAAUUAUUUAUUAUAGAAAUUAUUUUUAAUGUGGAAACGUCCACUCGAAUUCAUGGUGAAAAGUACUUGAUAUAUAUUUACUUAUUUUAUAAAGCAUUAACUAUUAUGUAGUACUGGUUAUAAUAAUACUCUGCUACAUAUUUUAUAUUUAGUAUUACUAUGAUAUGUGGAUUGUGUGUGUGUGUGUAUGUCUUUGAACAACUUUUCUAACUAAAAUCUUGCUCCAAAAUAUCAAGUAUAGAAUUAUUUCUAAACAAAAAUUUGUUGGUCUAGUUGGUGCAUUAAACAGGCCGUUUUUCAAUUUUCAAAAUACUUGUGAAAACCCCGAAAGAAAAUUUUGGGGAAAACGGCAAAUAUUUACGGUGGUGCGAUUUCAUUAUUUGAAUUUUUUAAGAUUAUAUUUUUCCACCAGAAAUCUUUUUUCAGAUUUCAAGAAUGGCAUAUUUUCUGAAAGAAAAUUUCGUCUAGUUUGUAAGUAAGAAAGUCGUUUUUUUUGAUUUUCUGUAUACUUUUACUAAUAAUUACGAAAACCGGGGGGGGGGAGGUUGGUAACUUGAGAAAAUGUACGGCAUUUUGAUUUUUUUGUUGUUAUUCGAUGAAAACUUAUUGUAGACCUGUAGUGUUCACAAAUUACUUAUGUAUUGGUCUUUUGUAGACUCGGUAAAAUUUUGAAAACAUUCCAAUUAUUUUCAGGCCCUCUAUAUUUUAUGUUUAUAUUUAUUUUGUAUCUAUUUUCUUUUAGUAGGUUGGUAUUUGUUAUUGAAAUUAUGACUUAAGAGAAAUGCUUGAAGAUUAUAAUAAAUUAUUAUAAAAACUAUGAAACCGAUUCUAAUAUGAUUUUUCGUUUUCUUUUAAUCAAAUGCAUUUUCGCAUAAUGUAUUAUGCUCAUUUUUGUUAAAAGACAGACAACAAACGCAACUACAACCAUUUCGGCCUCGUGAGCGGCAUUUGCCGUAUCUUUGUCCUUCCAACGGGGGCAAUAUAGCCAAACCGUGUGCGUUUAAACAAACGAAAUGGCUUUUUGAAAAUCGGUGUUCGAGAAAAACGUCGAUUUUAAAAUUUUGUAUAGACGACAACAUUUUGAAGACAAUUUCGUCAGCGUUUCACAACUUUUUAAAUGGUCCAACUCACUAUCGAAGCUACAACCGAUCUUAUUUCAUGCGUAUGUGCAUAUUUUUUUUUUUUUUUUUGUUUAAUAGUUUUAGCCUUUUUAAACCAUUAAUAUUUCAAAAAACUCUGAAGAGAUUAUCUUUAAAAAAAAAUGUUGCUAAACUUCGUAUAAGUAGUGUUUUAUCUCUAGAAAAAAAAAAAAAAAAACAAAAUCGAUUUUAAAUGCAUUCACGUUGGUUUUUCGUGUACUCGGUUUCGCUACAUUGCGUUGGAAAUGGCGCGAAUGCCAUCCGCGACGACGGCCUCUCUUAAACCGAAUAAACUCAUUGCGGAUGCACGAGACGAUAAAUAAAUAAACGAAACUCUCGUCGAUCGUCGUGUCGCAUCGUGCUACCUACAGUAUUAAUGUAAGGUGUAUGUCACCGUGUAGUUGUAUAAUGUUAUCAAACCGUCGUUUCUUUUUUUUCCAUAUUGUCUUUUAUUAUUUUAUUGUAUCGCGUUAAGUUUUUGUGUUCUGUAUUCGUUAUUACUGUUGUGUGUUAUAGGGAAAAAUCGGUUGUUGUGAAAUAUUUCCCGCUGCACACGGUGCAAAGGUACUUAAAACAAUUCGUAUCAUUAUCGAUUAAACACACAACAUCAAAGGUCGUCGAUAUACAACAAUAAUAGUAAACUCGUCUGUUUUACGAUUAUGCAGUUUUAUAACCAAUGUUAAUAAAAUAUACGUACAUCGUCGUCGUCGUCGGGAUUGUCAACUAAUUCGUAUUACUGGUAUACAUUUCGAAUGCGUGCACGUAAUGGUUUUUACGUGUAAAAUAUUCCGUCUACGAUUCCAUAUCAUCGUUCACAUAUCUCCGGCGACACACUGUUGGUUCGGUGCUGUGGAUUUAUUAGCGAAUUCGUUUAUUGUUUUAGAUUUUUAGCGCUGAGAAAAAUAAACUAUUAUAGUUUUGGUUUUAUUUUCGCCCCCCCCUCCUCCUCCCCGGUACUAAGUACGUUCGGCUUUAUUAUUCGUGACUCCGUGCAAGACUAAACAUUACAGUACAACGUUCGCGUUCGAUUUUUAAACUCUUAUGUUUUUCUUAUUGUAACAUUUUCCAUUUUUAAGAGAGAGGGGAGGCAGGAGAAAACAACUUUCAGAUAAUUUUCAUACGGAUUUUUUAAGCAUUUCGCCGUAGGUGAUCGAAUAUAGUAUGUAGUCGUUACACUUCGCGUAGUCGAUAUUUGUUGCGAAAAAUCGUUUUGCGAUAUGAAACGGUGGCGUUUUACUCUGAAUAACAUAACUUUUGCCUCUGGAUUGUAUUACCCAAGUGGCCAAGUGUAAUGCGUAUGUUUUUAGUGUCGAUUACAGGAUUUCAAAAUACAAAUACAAUAUCGCGUUUUACAUGGUUAUUAAUAAUUAUUAUAAUAUAUGUUUCAUACUCGCCAACUUACGCAAUUAAAUUAUAUUAUAUCAUGUUUGUUUUUUUUUCCAACCGACAGACCCUAUACAGAGUGAUCAGUAUGUAAUGCACUCGUUAUUUCGGAACGUGUAUUGACAUUUUUUGAAAAAUGGAAAAAUUAAAAAUGUUACAUUUCGCUUUUUUUUUCUUUUUUUUUUUGUCAUUCUUAUAUUUCGGGAUGAAACCACUAACCGUAUUUAGAUUAACAUUUAGUUUUUAAUCUAUCGAACAGUUCGAAUGCGAUCAUAUAUCGAAUAAUUCGAUAGGAACUAUUCGGUUGUGUCUUUCUCUAUAGUGGUUUAAAGGCAUUUACGAAGUCAAAAGUGAAAUAUCUCGUCAACGGUUCGACGGAAAUUAAAAAAAAAUCUGUCAACACCAAAAUGUGUUUAAACUCAAUAAAACUCCGUCUGUUUAUGGAAUUUUUCAAUUUAUAGGUUGCUAUUUUAAUAGUGAUUUCGCCGGCAAACAUGAAAGAAACAAGGGAUAAUGUUAACAAUUAAAGCUGUAAUUUUAAACCUUAAAUUUUUCAAAAAAUAAAAUAAAAUAAACUAAAACAAAAAUUCAAUAUAUUUUCGGAUAUCACGAUAGUGUCUUAUACGGUAGAUUGGUCGCUCUGUAUAGUCCGUCCGUGCAUGCGGUUUAACGCGCGCAUAUAGUCUGCUAUUAUAAUAUUAUUUACACGCGUGUAUACAAAAUGCAUUUAUUAUAAGUAUUGCAGUAUAAUAUCAUUUAACUGUGAAUGUUAUAUACUUAUUAUGCAGGGUCAUUAGAAAUGUGCAUGGUGAUCUAUAACCCAUACCCAUAUGCGGCUAUUGAAAAAUUUAGUGGGGAUUACCUGCCGUGCGGUGUAAAUAAUAAAAUCAUAAAUAAUAUGAAAACCGUAAUCCCCACUCCGUGUGUGUGCAGUAUGUUAUCAAUCGCAUUGUGUAGAAUUUUAACGUCCACUCGCAUAAUUAUUAGAUGCACGUAUACAGGGCGCUUCUAGAUGGGCGAUAAUAUUAUGUUAUCGCGAUGUGCAGUGGUGUCGUCGUAUGUUUCGAACGCCGAGAAACGCGUCGAAAAACGAUCCACUUAUCCCGCCUGUUCCUUCCCUUUUAUUUUUUUUUAUGUUUUUUAUGUUUUUUUCCGCGUAUUUCGCUAUACGGCCAUUACGUGAUCGUAAUCGCCCCGUGAAAACGCCACUGAUCCCGUGAUAAUUGCUGUUCUCCGAUAUUAAUUGCGGCGGUCGAUCGACCGCUCGCGGUAUCAGGUCGCCGCGGCCGCGUUAACCUUGAUGCAAUUUUCCAUAAUAUUCUGUUUUGUUGUUUUGUUUGGUCCGACAAUUUUCUUCUACUCCAUACACCGAUACCCGCGUGUAGUAUAUUUUUUUAUUAUUUUUUUUUUUCCUUCGUUUUUUUUCGCUCGUACAUAGGUAACCGUGUUCGUGUUUACCUGCGUGUUUCGCCAUGCCGUACACGAUAAACGUUAUAACGACGCGACGUAUGCACGCGCGCGUAAUUAUUUUAUUUUAUUGUUUUUGGUCUUAUCUACGCCUUACAUACUGCGCCGCGCUUCUCCCACUCCGUAAUGCGUUGCAGACGCCGCCGCAGCCGUCUAUUAAAAAUACCACGUUUUCGAUAUUAUUAUUUGCAAUAAUACGAGAUUAUGCAAUCGAUCAACGAAUGCACAUCGUGUGCGCGAUUGUUAUUAUUCCGUUGUGUGUUUCCCCUCCCCCACCCCCCACCCCCCCGAUUGUUUACAUUAUCGCAACUGAACCGCAGUAUGGGGACAAAAAAAAAAAAAAAAAUUAAAUGUCAUAAAUAAACAAAUAAAUAGAUAAUAAUAACAGUCGUAUAUUGUGUAUCGCGUUAUAACAUUAUAGCGUUGUAACUCCGAAAAUAGCGAUUUUGUUGUAAAAAAAAAAAUAAUAAUAAUAAUGUCAUUCCGCUUUAACCGUAUUAUUUGCACGGUUGAAACGCGAUUCUUUACGACGCACCCCACCGCGUAAUAGUAUUUUCGUUCGUGUCGACAGGAUUGAACACAUUUAUAAGGGGUCGGAUGACGGUGCGUGUUUUAAUCGUUCGGGACCCGUGAUGGCCGGGCAAAACAAUGUAGGGAUUGUGUAUGGCGGAUUUCGUUUUUCAAAAGGGAUUAUAAGACGAUUGGUUCUUUGACACGAUAGCAUGUUGUACGGAGAAAAUGAAUUAUUUUACUGGAGAUCGUAAACAAAUUUCACUGUGUUUUUGCGCGUUUUACAAAAAUACACUUGAAGUGUUUUACUUAUAAUAGAAAUAAUUAAAAUUCGUAAUACCGUUUCAGCGUAUUCUGUAGUAAGAAAUCAUGAUACGUUUUCAAAAUUGAAAUCCGCCAAACGUAAUUCCAGUAAAACAGUUUUGUCCGAAAAGUUAUAUUCGUCCGUAAAUACGGCCGUACCCCUUCCCAUUAAAGGGCAACUCUUAUCGUUAAGGUGAUCAUUGAAAUAUAAAAACAAAUUUAAAAAUUAUAUUAUUAUACAUACUAUUUUAAUAUAAAAAAAAAAAAUUAAAUGCGGAAAACCAAUGGUUUUAAACCAGAAACUAUGAUAAUAGGUAUUAAAUUAUAAAGGGAUGCGCGCGAUCUGUUUUUUUUUUUUUUUUCAUUUUGUUCAACAACGUGCUUUACGGGAAAAAAUCGCAUGACUCAUCGUUGAUGAUAUCCGGAUGUAUUACAAAAUAAAAGUCCCAAUUAUAUGCUACAGUGUUUUUAGAUUUUUUUUUUUUUGUUUUGUGUUUUCUAAAAUCAUUUACGGACAUCGCGAUACUAUAACCUUUUUUAAAUUAUAGUGUAUGCAUACAGGUACCGAUAAGUUGUGAACAAUUUUUUAUGGCGCUGUACAGACACAUCCAAAGACGUUUUAUAAUUGAAUGCACGCGAAAUUCAUUAAAAUAUAUAAAUAAUGUAUACAUUAUAAUCGUCUUCGAUAGAGUCGCGAGUGCAAAUACAAAUCACCUAAACGCAUCGGGAGUUAUUCAAUUGUGACGUAGGUAGGUAUAUACCUAUCGUAAUUCGUACAUUUUAUUUCGAUGUCAUUUUCUGUUAAUAAUAUAUUCAUAAACCACACCUAACAAGUAUUAUCGAAUUAUAAUAAGCAAAUGAAUAAUUUUAAUCGGUCGACUAUCCUCCCCGCCCAGUCGAGGGCAUAAAUAUAUUAUAUUUUAAAUCAAAUUUUCAACGCUCGUUUGGUCAACGGCUCAGCAUUGCAACGUUAUCAAAACUUUAACAAGUUCAACAAAAUUUCGGCCGCUUAUUCAUCAAAUAAUAUAUUUAUUAGACAUUAGUUGAUAAGUGUAUAAUUUCUUUCACUCUUUAUCAACUCCGGGACGAUAAUAUCAAAUACAGGUGGUGAUAAUUGCCGUGAAAAAAUAUUGGGAAAGUGAUCGUAAUUAUCAAAGGAGCUAAAAAAUCAUGACGUGUGACUUUGAUUCGUCUGGUACAGAGCGGAAACAUGGUCAAUUGACCAUUGAACACAUUUUACGAGAAAAAGUUCUUAUUACUAGAAAGACAAAUUUGACGAAAAAUCUCCUUUGCAACCAAUAGUGAUAAUGGUGAAAAUUGGAGUAGGAAAAAUGUAAAGGUAGUAGAGGAGCCUUAUUCCAAAAUCCAAUAUAGUAUAACUGCAUUGCAAUAAGGAAGACUGACGAAAAAAAUAAAAAUGGUCUGAACACGAGCAAAAUGGCGACGGAGAGAAUCCGUACGGAAAAAGACAGACCACAGGGGAGGUCCAAUAUUAGAUUGAAAGAUGUUAUAUUAAAGGAUAUGUAAUUACUCGAUAGAAGUUCAUACCUGAAUGAAAAUUCGAUGGAUCUAGGAACGAUUUGCCUUGACUGGCCUAUAGAAAACAGAGGUGGAAAAAAAUAAAAAACUGUCGUUUGUCAAUAGUUCCCAUGCCCUUUUUUUUUAUGAUUCUAUUUAUAAUAUUAUUAUGCAGUUUGUUUUAUUACGUGUGUUGAGUUCAACGACCGAAAGUUCUUCGCGAGAUCGUCUUGGAUGAGUAUUGCCGUUUUUAGCGUUGUUGCAAUGUUGUUCGGCAUUUCUACACUUUUGGGAUGAUGAUGCAAUUAUUUUGUUUUCGAUUUAGCAUUGCCAUUAUUAGGAUUAAUCAGAAAAUAUAUAUUAGGACGCGAUAGUAUACUUACUAUUAUUUAUAUGCAUAGUGCCAAAAAGAUAAGACAAUUUGGCAAACCGAGGUCAAAAAAAAAAAUAAUACAACUACUACGCUGCGACAUUUUAUUUAUCGAAAUACAUUUUUUCUAUACAGAGUGAUCCAUUUAUCUUGCAAUCGAUAUUCUCGGGGGAUUUUAAGUGGAUUUUAUAUUCUAUUUUUAGAUUCGGAACGUAGCAAAGAAUCCAUUCGUUUUGCAAUGAUGUUCAUUUUUUUUUUCUUAUUCUGUGGGCAACUUUUCUACCAAAAAUCUUGCUCCGAUGCACCAAGUGUAGCACAUUUUCUGAAAGAAGAUUUUAUCUGUGUGGUACGUUAGAGUGGUCAUUUUUUUAAUUUUCCAAUUGGUUUUCAUUGUAAUCGGGAAAAACAUAGGGAAAACGGUAAAAUGUACGUACAUGUAUUAAAGAAACUUCGCUCCGAAUCGUUUAUCGUUAGCAAUAGUUUAUCGUUGCGUACAAAUAUAAAUUAUAUUCCCUUCUACAUCCUACUUUCCCGACUUCUUGUUUAUCUUAAACAAGUGCAUACUUUUGAUUUUUAAAUAGGAACCUCCGCUUUUGAAGACAGAUUUAAAUAGAAAAUAUUUUAUAAGAAUAAUGAAUUGCCUAUCUAUGACCCUUCUCUAUUCCGCAGGUUUAAACUUUAAACUGUUAUAACUCAUAGACGUUAAAUCUGGUAUUAGUGUUAAGCAUAUCAAAAUUUCUAGAAAAAUAUCCUUUAUUCAAAUCUGCCUUCGAAAGAAGGGUUCCUAUUUAAAAAUCAAAAGUAUGCACUUAUUUAAGGCAUAUGGAGUAGGAGUAACAAAUUAAAAAUGGUUUUAAAAUAAAGCUUAAACCAUUCCAUAAAAGUUAGAAAAAACCGAAAUCAAAUUCACUUAAAUCGUCUGAGAUAAUUGCUGGUUCAGGAUAAACAAAUCACUCCGUAUACUCAUUUGAGUAUAAGAUACAGGGGUAUUAAAAUAAAGCCUUACGGAUAGGUAUAACAUAGUGAUUGAAGAAAAACAAAAUGAAGUCCACUUUAAACGCUCCAAGAGGGACUGCUUCAUUUGACCACUAUGUAUCGAUAGAAACGCUAGAAAAUAUUUUUAUUUUUUUUUUUUUUCUAUAUAUUGUAUAAAAUGCAUUUAUUCAAUAUAAUAUUGAAUAAUUUACGGUAAAAAAAAAUAAAUAAAUAAAAAUUACGGUCGAGAAGACGACAACGUAUUAUAAUUUAUUAUUUUUACUCGGAUGUAUAAUCAUUUGUUGCGAGCAUUCGAAUGAUAAUUAAUUCACUUACUCGUGUACCGAUGUUAUUGAUUUAUGUAUUUUUUCGAAUACCUAUAUUUGCCAACGAUUAUAAGCAUAAUAGGCAAAUUUAAGCAAUAAUAUUACAUUAUUGCGGUAUAUUUUAUAAGAUUAAAAUAAUAAUAUAUGAAUGACGACGAUGGCGUGAUAAUAUUAUUGUAAAGCAUAAUUAACAUUAAUAACGAUAUUAUAUAAAAAACGACUAUACAAAAUAUUAGCGACUGCUGUUUUCUGUAGGAUUCUUCCUAGAAUUUUUCAUUUGCUGUGAUUUUUAUUGUAAAGUUUUUUUUUUUUUUUAAAUACACUUAAAAAAAACCCACUACACCUACCUACCGCGCUAUCGGAUUUCUUCGUUUCUGAUCUAUCCGCUUUGUAUUAUGUAUUUGUAUGAAUCGCACACAACAUUAUAAUUGUAUUAUAACACAGACAAUAUAAAAUAUAGUGCUAGAAUUUCGAUGUGAUGACAUUUUUUUUUCUUGAUUUUUCUCCGGCGUUUUAAAACGUAUAGCUCUGAAAAAUGAUUAUUUCGCAAUAUUCGAUCAACUUUAUUUAUUUCGACUUAUUAGGGAGUUUUUUGUUUUUUAGAUUUUUAGAGCGUUUUUUGCAUUAUAAUUCGAAUUUUUCUCUACGCAAAAACAAAAAUAGUGAUAAUGACAUCAAUACUUUGACGUGCUUAUCGUCGGCCACCAGAUCAUAAUUUAUUAUUGUAAUUGAUGUGAAUUAUUAUUUAUAAGUAGACAAUUUAUUAUCGUAAUAAAAACAAUCAUGGUAAUAAUAAUAAUAGUAUAUACGAACAAUACGUGAUAGUGGCCGCGGACUAUUGUUGAUUAUUAGAAUAUUAGAUGAUUUUUUUUUUUUUACGCUGCAAGAAAUGCAUUUUUUUGGAGGCUGGGAAAUCCCAGCUUUACCAACAGUUAUUAAUAGAUAAUACCGUGUCUGUAAUACAGUGUCGCCCAAAUACCAAAUAGUGCAACUGCACCGCAGGUUGCCAAAUGUGUGGAUGGGUUAUCUAAGAUAUUUUAUGCAUUCAAAUAGAUUAUGAGUUAUUUAAAUGUGUAAAACUAAUAAAUCAGUAACUAAUAUACUGUUCAGAUUGAUCCUACACCUACCGACACGACCUACUCUGUACUUCAACUGGUAGUUGUAAUAAUAAAGAUAAACAAAUUGUUUAAUGUUAGGCUGUUGUUUUAGUUGUCGAUUUGAGCAUUUUUCUAUUUUUACGCGUUUAUUUCAAUAUGCAUUGAUAAUACUUUUAAGUUUUUCUUUUAUGACUGUAGCAAAAUUUAAAUAAUAUUUAAUUUGUAAAGUUUUGUAAUACCUAUGUAUGGAUUCGUUGACAAAUUUCCAGUUGUAAAGACCUCCAAAAGUAAGAUAAUAUUUUUUAAAAUGUCGCGAAAUAACCGCAUUACACUUCAACACUUUAAAUGAAAAUACGCCACUCUAAGUGGGUUCAGUGGGCGAGUUAGUGUCGAAUGUCUAUACAAUUAUGUAAAUCCAAUUGAAAAUUCCCGGGAACGCCACUGGUCGUAAGUGUAAACCUAAAACAUGUAUAUGUCGGUGAAAUAUUAUGACGGGCUUAAACAAACCUAUGGUGAGAAACCCAGAUGGAAACUAUAGGCAAGUAGUCCGGCGGUGAUAGAUAUUAUGACCGGGUCCGUGUAUUUAAUCGUCAUCGUACAUUGCCGAAAUAACCGACUCGACAAUGUUGCAAUCGAGAAAAUACAUGUUUUUUGCUCAUUUGCGAUAUCCAAAAUAAAAAAAACGAUCGCCGAAAACAUAGUGCUCAAUAAUUGCGUCACUGUUGCAUAAUUUCUGAUCGUUAUCAAGGGAGAAGAGAGUAUUUUUUACCGCGAUAUCAUUUCGAAUAAUUGUAUAAUUGUCGAUCCGUUUUCUCUAUUAAAUUGAAAUUAAUAAUAAAUUGUUAUUAUUAUUAUACGCGUAGUAGAAUAAUGUAAACUAUUUGAAUUUAGACGAAAAAAUUCCGGGCAAACAAAACGCGCGUGUUAACAAUUUGUACAUUUUUUUUUUAUGCCGCAGCUACAACUAAAUUAUAAUCUCCGAUGUUGAUUAUUACACGUACACUUUGGAUAUUUUUAUAAAUUUGAAAUUAUAUACUUACCUAAUACCUACGUAAUGAGGCUAAAAAAAUUUACGUCGCGGAAUUUAUAACAAUCGAAAUUUUAUUUUUAAUAAUUCGACGCCAUUAUCUUCUAAAGUAAUAUAUACAGUGCGCUUGUAUUUCCAGGUAUAACACCAAAUGUUUUGGCCGGAUGAUUUUUGAUUUGAAUUCCGUUUUCGGAAGGCGAUAGAGAGUACUGAAAUACGCUAAACUUCAGAAUAAAUUUAAAUUGUUUAACCCUUUCGGCAAUGUUCUUUUCAAAUUAUUUGUUUUGAAAGCGGUUCCCACUUUUAAAACUAGAUUUUAAUUGAUCUAGUUUUUUUUAUUUUUCAAGCAACUUUGAUCAGUAGGUACUUACAAUAUUUUUUUAUCGACAUUUCCAAAAAUUAAAACGUAUAAUAUAAUAUAUUAUUACGUAUGUGUUAUUUUAUGAUUAUCUUUACAAAUAAUUUUUUUUUUUCCCCCAUUUAAUAGUUAUCAAAUUUCUUCACUUUUAAAGUCGUCCGUUUUAAUUUUUAUUUGCCGAAAAACCGAAAAUAAUCAUAUUUUUUAACCGACUUUAGAUAGUUGUAUCUCAGAUAAAUUAAAGAUUUAAAAAAAGGACUAUUGAAUCUAAUGUUCAUACAAAGCGUUGCUUUUCAAAAAAUUCAUUGCACGUACCUAAAUUGUUGAAAAUUGAAUAUCUGUCCUGAAGUGUGUAAUUCGAUACCCUCUUCUAUUACCCCCUGAAAACGGAAUUUAAAUCGAAGGUCGUCCGACCUAUAUAUCGUUUGUUAAAACCCUGGAAACACUAAAAUACACUGUACUUACGCGGUAGUGCUUCGAGUAAAAUUAUAGUUUACGAUCAUUUUUUAUUUUUUACCGCAAAACAAAAAAAGAUUUGUAUUAGUUUUUUUCUAGUCAGCUGUUAUGUUCCAUAAAACAAUCUCGCUCCUUAUUCUCACUAAAAUAUAUAUAUAAUUUAUACUUCGGUCGCUUCAUCAUCAAAAUAAUAGUAAUGUUAUUAUUAUUUAUCGAUCUUCUUGUAUAAAAUAUUCGAUAGUAAUAAUAUUAUCUCUACCGCGUGUACAUUUUAUUAUACUCGCAACGCCUUAUUUUCUUGGUUCUAAAAAAAAAAAAAAUUAAAAACAGUCACCAUAAGCACACUUCUAAAAAAAAUAAAAUAAUAAUAAAUAUUGAACUCUAUUGAUUAGCUGUAUUUGCAACGUACACAAUAUUACGUAUAUCGCAUAACCAGAACAUUAUUUUUAUUAUGUAGUGUUGUCACUCGAAAAAUGGCGAUCUUGAAUUAUAUACCUACCACUUUUCCUGUGGUGGUAAAAAUUCAAUUCUUCACAGUUACAAAAUAGAAAAAUAUAGGUUAAACGACAAAAUAUGAUUGGUUGUUUUAAAAGAAUUGGUGACUGUGUGUAUUUAAACCUAAAACCCAGUAUUAUGAUUCUUUAGGUUAUUAGCUCUACAGGAUUGUAGAUAAAAAUUUAAUUAUUUUACUGGAAUUUUUAAACGAAUUUCAUUGGAUUUUUGAAAAAAAUACGAAAAACUUGUUUAAAGUAUUUUUCCAUUUACUUAUGAUAAAGAGAAUUAAAAAUUUAAAAAAAAAAAAUCUAGCGUAUUUUAGUAAAGAACUGUUAUAAAUUUUAAUACGUGUUUGAAAUUGAAAUCCGUCAGUCUCAAUUCCUUCAAUUUUGUCUGAAUUUUUGGUCUAAAUGGCUUAUUCGGGCAGUAGAUUAUUGUAUAAGUAUCUGACACGUAAAACCUUAUACGUAAAAAAAAUUCCAAAUUUUACCAAGUUUGAAAUAGUUUGGGAAACCGUCACCAAAUCCCCUUAGUGAACAAAUAUGCUGCUGUAAAUGCAAUUUAAAUAGUUAUGGCUAUAGUCCAAAACACUAUAAUGUACUAAAAAGUAAAAAACCGUUAAUAUUGUACUAUGAGAUAAUAUAAAAUUUAAUACCGAUAGAUAUCUAAACUACUUUUGGUUUCAAGGGUAUUUAAACACGGUAAAAAACGGGUUUUUAACUUCUUUUUUUUCAAAACAAUUCACAAAUUAUAGUUUUUCGAAUUACAAGUACAACUUAAAUAAUAAUAUUCUGAUAGCGCGGUAGUUGAAUAAAAUAUCGAACAUUUUUUUUCUCUAGUGUUCUUCUAUAUGAAUAUGUGAUGAUUAUAAAAAAAUUAUGUCUAGCUCGUGUGUGUUUAUAAUAUAUGUUUUUACUUACUUUAUAAUAUAUUAUAGUUAUCGCGUGCUGCAGUGCAUUAUAUAAAGAAUAUUUAUAGACAGAUUUGCAGCUGCUCAGUAUAUUAUAGCACGAGUGCAAGCGGUUAAAAAUAAAAAUGCAAACACACUAUCCGCGAUCGGAGGGCAUUCUCAAAAUUGUUAAGACUCGCGAUAUGAUAUACAGGGUCUUCCAAAUUUAAUGUUACAGUCAGUUUCACGCGUGAAAUACUUAUUUUUUCAAUAAAUGGUCUGCCUACCCGAAAACUAUUUGGAAUCAUAUAUUUAUGUAUUCUAAAAUGUUAUAUUUCCCUUGAUGGAGAAUUUUGGUGUUCACCAGCUCAAACAUGAUUCAAUUUAGGGGGCAUUAUGAAUUGCAAACCAAUUUCUAGACAAGUUUUUGGGAUAACAAGUUACAGAAUGUGCAUAACGUACUCAAUGUAUUGAAUAUGAUAAGGUUAUAUCUGUAAUUGUAAUAAUGAAAUUAUGCAACUGUACGUAUUGAGUGUAAUACUAAUACAAAUAUCAAACUUUGGGAAGUAGAGUUACCCCUUUUGCGUUACAACAUAGGUAGCUAUUUGUAAGUCAAAGUGUGGUUGUGGUUAAACACCUCCAAACCCCAAACAUACCUAAGAGUGAAAAAAAAGACAACAUAACGUUUUAAAAUAUGUAUAACUCUAUAAUAAUAAUCUAAAUAUAUAUAUUUCUAAAAAGUUUUCACGUUUUUCAUGUUUUGAGAGAGAAAAAAAUAAAGGUUUUUCACGGUGAAAUUGAUCGUAACGUGAAAUUUUGAAGACGCGCGCGAUACUCGGUACGGUUUAUUGGAUUUUUACAACCGCCGGACGAGAAACUGUUGUAGUGCCAAAUCCAUGGAGAUUACGCGAUAUAAUUUUUUUUUUUUCUUUUUUUUUUUUUGGAAAUGAGUUUUCAAAAAUGGCGGGCAUACUUGGCGCGUAGGUGCAGCCACUGUUGUAGGUGAGAAGUUAGGAAGGUAGGCUACAGAAGGAAAUUUACUGUACAUCUGUAAGCAACGAUAAACCAUUGCUAACGAAAAAACAAUUUUGAGCGGAGUUCAGUUGAUAAUGUUGCUUUGUCAACAAUACAAUAUAUAUGACAUAUUAUGGUUAAAUGUGCGUUUUCAUGACAACAAUGUUUGUUUAAAAAAGAUUAAAAUAAUAAAAACUCAAAACUAAAUAAAAACGGCUGCCAAUGACAACCUUAUUUUUCAUCUUUCAAAUUUUUUUAACCUAAAGACCGAGGUUUUCCUCAUUAUCUCGAAUAUUAAUGAAAAUUUCAAAAAAACGACCUCUAUAAAGUACCGCCUGGAAAAAAAUUUUUUUUCAGAAAAGAUGCUAUACUUGAUUAUGAGUAUGAUUUCUGGUAGAAAAAGUGUUCACACAAAAAAAAUAAACAUUGUUAAACCAAUACAUUCCUCGUUCCACUUAGAAUCUAAAAGAAUUUAACCAAACAUCGUAGGAGCAAUAAUUGUUCGUGAAAUUUGUAUUUUUUUUUUUUUAUUCUUAUUAUUAUUAUUCAUUUCGCUAUUUUUUACUCUUUAUACUAUGCGUAUUUUUCUAUAUUAUUUGUAUUAUUAUUAUUUAAUCUCGGCCGAAAUCUCGUCGUCGUCGUAACUUUCAGAUAUCGCGCGGGUAAAAUAUACAAAUAUAAUGGAACGGCAGCCGGAUAAGAGUAAAGUUUAAAUACAAAUAAUAUUUUCUAACACCGUAAAUAAUAAUAUAUUCAGAUUGCAAUCGAUAUAUUAUUAUAUAUGUAUAUAUAGUCGCGUUAUACCUAUAUAACUAUUAUUACGAACAAUAUAUGUGUCCCCUUUGAAGUUCACAAGCGUGUGUACUAUGAUAUGUGAUGUUUUAUGCAAAAGAUUAAAUAAUAAUAAUAAUAAUAAUAUGAAUAAAUAUAUAGUUGAAAAAAAAAAUAGAGAAAUUCUGCAUUACGCACGCCACAAAAACGCAAAUAAAAAAUACACAUUUUGUAAGUACAUUCUAUAUAGAACAGUGGUUCCCAACCGGUGAUCAAAAAUGAUCCGUGGGGACGCCGAGAUAUUUAUUCGAAAAAAGUUCAGUGGUCAAUUUGUUUCCACCGUUACACGACUUCAUCACGGCUGAUAUCAGUGGUGACGUCCGUCGACCGAUAAGUGCCAUUUAUCUGUUAAAUAGAUCAGCUGGUAUUCAGUGUUAUUAAGCGGUUGUUGUUCGCCGAUUAACAAAACAAUCAAAAAUAUCCGCGACCCGUCGGAAGUUCUCCGAGUGGUCCGUAUAUAAUGUCAACAAUGUUGGGAAACACUGAUAUAGAACACACAACAAUGUUGUGUACUAUUCUAACUGCGAUCAAUGUUUCAUUUAAAUAUUGUACGUACGCUAUUUUGAUGAUAAUACCGAAAUUGAUUUUAUCAUCUCGAAUGUUCUGCAGCAAUACAACCACGAUUCGUUUUUUUUUGUCAUUCUAGAAACUAUAUAGUUGCACGUACAACAUCCUGCAGUAUCUUUACCCCUUGUGGAUGUUGAACUAUUAAAUAAAUAAAUAAAAUAAUUAUAUUCAUCGAUAAUUUUCAUCGGAUAAAUAUAAAAUUUAUAUUAUUUUACAAAAUUGUUUUCGAUUUUAUCUCUGACAUGUUUGGUUCUCAGAUACUUGUCCCGAUCAAAAAACAAAAAAUAUCACGAGGGUUUCUGGUUUUCAAACUAAAUUCUUUGGUUUGUUUCAUUAAAUAACGGGUAAAAACUUACUAUAGCUAUGGCUUGUAUUGGGCGCGACUAAAAUAAUUAUCAUAAGUAACCUAACAAACGAAAUCGGUUUUUAAAUGUAAUAAACUAAACGAAAGGAAAACAAAAGUCAUGGUGUGCAACAAGACUGAGGUCGUUCGGCUUAACAUUACUUCGGAUAAUGAGCAGAUAGAACCAGUUUAAUAUUUUUCAUGCGUAGGAAAUAGUAACGCAUAACAGUUCUGUACAGUUAUUAUAAUAAUUUAAUUGUAUAGCUGUGUAGGUACCUGCAUUCAUUGUAUAAACAGUAUAAUAUUGUUGAACUUUGCCGUGUAUUAUACGUAGUGCUAUGUUAUGUUUCGCGAUCGUUUUCUGUUCGAUCUCAUGUAAAUAAUAUAAAGUUUACGAUGAUUAUAUUGAUCAAUAAUUGUAUUGGUGAACUAAAUACAUUUCAUGUUUACACCGCUGCGCAGUCCCAAUUCAAAUAGAACAAUUGAACAUGAUAUAUUAUUAUUUGUGUUUGUUUUUUUAAUAAUAUCAUUAUGUAGACGUAUUACUUACACUUGUUUUUUCUUUAGUAAUUAUUAAUUCUGUAUAAAUAAAAAUAAUAAUAAUAAUAAUAAUAAUAAUUUCAUAAUAUUUGUCCCGUCUCUCUCAUAACGCGUUAUAAAUUCAUUUUCUUCCGAAAUCAAUAUUGCAAUUCUCCACAGUUAACCCACAAAUUGUUAUCAUUGAUAAUAUCGAUUAAACAGAAUUUUCAUAUCGCCACUGGUAGUAUUCUGUAAACAUAUGGUGACUUCUUUUUUUUUUUUUUUGAAAUCGAUUUUACUCCAAUACAAUAUAAUAGAAUUCUACCUAGCCGACCCUGAAACAGAUUAAAUGUAUAUUGUAAUAUUAUUAUUUCGGUAUUCCGACAGUCGUAUAUUUAAUUGCAUUUUGCGUUAUAAAUUGUAUUUGAUUUCGCGUUUGGACUAAUCGGGUUUAGUUCGAAAUAUGAAAUAAUUCAUUGCGGUUAAAAAAUGUCCAGUGUCAAACUUUUAAAUAUUUUCGUUACAAUAAUAUAAUGUGCAAUAAGAACUGAAAUUAAUUUUACUUCAAUACUUAAUUUAACCUCAAUUCAUACCUAAAAUUUGUAUCGUAUGCAACAUUAUUUACAAUAUAAUCAGUAUAUACAGAGUGUAACACGAAGAUCUGACACCUAAAAAAAAUUUUGUGCUAUACAAUAUUUAAAUUUGUUAGUAGACGAGAAAACUUAACUUGCAUAAAACGAUUUUAAUUUUUUCAUACUUUAAAAAAAAUUAAAAUAACCAUUAUAUACUCGUAAAAGAGAUUUUUAGAAACAUUUUGGUGGUUAAAACGUUUAGUUUAGUAUGAUCAAUGGUCAUGUAAUUUCAACAAUUAUUUGAACUUACUGAAAAACUGAAUAUUAUUUUUCCCUGUAUAAUCUAUUAUAAUAUUUAAUUAAUAGUCAAAAAUUACUAAAUGGUUUUUUUGUUUUUCAUAAGCUAAUAUCAUAUAAUUUUUCAUAAAUAUCUAAAUGAAUGCAAAUAAAAUGAUUCACAUUAGCAAAGACUUCAAAUCAGAGGAUUUUAAGUGAAUUUAAUUUUUGUUUUAUACAUAUAAUAUGGAAUCCUUAAAGCUUUAUUUUAACACUAUUUCCAAAAUAUUUACGCCUUCUUCUUUUACGUUAAAUGAGUUGGGAUUUUCAAAUUUAGACCUAAGGAAUAAGUGAAGGUUAUCACUUCUAAUGUGUAUCUUCUAAUGUUAUCUACUACUCCGGACUAAAUUUUAAACCGUUAUAACUAAUAAACGGUAAUUCUAUACGGUAAUAAUAGUACACAUACCUAUAAACAUGUUAAGAAAAAUAUCUUUUUUUUUAAUAUGUGUUCAAAAAGGGGGGAGGUUGCUCUUUAAUUAUCAAAAGUGUAUACUCAUCAUUUUAGAUAGGUGUAAGAAGUAAUGGUAUACAAUUCAAAAACAGAAAUCAAAUUCACUUAAAGUCGUCCAAGAAAAUCGGUGGAUCGUGAUGAAAGAAUCGUCCGGUGUAGUUGUUAAUUUCUUUUUACACGCGAAUACCGUUGACCCGGAAAUCUCCACGACAUCGCUUUUACCAGACAUAAGAGUAUAAAUUUGCUAUUUUUUUCCCCAUUCAUCCGUUUAAGGACAAUACGUAUAUAUAAGCACUGUUUCCAAUAUAUCCUUAUUCAUGUGACCUACAAUUUAUAACUGAACAUUGUCGUGCGUGAUCCACACUUGUAAAAUGCUUCGUCUAUGUGAUUGAGCAAAGUUUCACAUGAUGCCAAUCCGCGCAAAUGGUUUUUGACUGAACAACCAGUUAUGCUAUAUUUGCGCGAUGAAAGUCAACCGGUGGUAUGCUGAUUUUACAGCGAUUUUCCCCUCUCGUGUUCAUUUUUACUGCAGAAAUUUAAUUUUGUCUUAUCGGCUCGUUAAAACUGCAGAAUUGCAAUGAUCUCUCCCGUUUCCAGUAAUAAUUACAGCUGAUAGAUGCUCAUAUUAUAGUCCCACUCGUGUACGUGCAAAUACUCGAAACAAAAAACUUUAAACUACAGUUUAACCGAACAACGUUAAUUAUCUCGGAAUGUGCAAUAAAUUCUAUUUUUUUUUUUUUUUCAAGAGCAUGUACGUGUAUUAUUUAUAAUGAUAUUAUAAUUCAGGGUUGGAUGCGCGCUGCAGGUUGUUAUACAGUAUAAUUUGUUUUCCUCUCGGAUUUGUUUGUGCAAAGGAAAAAAAAUCACAACUUUUUAUACAUGUAGGUGACAACUGUUCUUAUCGUGUGAUUUACCCCGUUCAUUAGGAUUUACGUGUGUUUUAAGGUCAGAUAGCUAGGCAGGCAUAUAGGUACCUGUAAAUUUUUACAUUUAAAACGUAAAAUAUUCAUCUGCAACUCUACGCGGACUCUGUUUAAAACCUGUAAUUAGUUUUUAACGGUUAUGUAUACCAAAUACAGUAGGAGAAUCUAAAACGUAAAACAUUAAAAUUUUAAAAAUAUUUUUGAACGUACACCGCAGUUAAGUGGUGAAGUUAAAUCGUGAAAAUCAAAAAACGAGCUAUCAGAAACAGAAAGAAACAAACUUUAUUCGUCAUUUCAAAUAACAUAGGUAAUAUUGUGUACCGUUGUAUUGACCGAUAUUUAAAUUUGAAACUUGAUAUUCGAAGCAUUCUGGUUUUCUUCGUAUUUCCUAUAUGUUUUAUUUGCGCGAAACGUUAUUAAAAUAAAGCCAUUUCUAUAUUAUAUGUUUGAAAUUGAUUUGCCAUUCAUUCGCUUACGGAACACUUCAUUGCCUCAUAUAUGUGUAUGUACCGGGUGUACCUUGAUUAAAACCGUGCGUAUAAUUUUAAAACGAUUUUGCGUUUUGUCAUACCAUAUUUUACUGGAUUUGAGUUAUUUAGGAUAUUAUAUUAUUCAAAAUAUUCACUAUUAUGCUAUCACCACUUACUUUUAGCGUUAUAUUUAAUAUAUGGAGUUUUAUUUAUUUAUUCGUAUGACAUGCAUAACACAGUACAACAACAUUAACGAGAGUAUAGAUAAAUUAAUAUAUGGAAUCACAACAUAUGUGAGAUGACGAGAUUCAAUCGCUAAACAAGUUAAACUGUAUAAUUUUAUCACAAUAUGAAAUGCAGUUGCUAUAGUGUUGAUACCGAAUUACCAAUUAGGUAAUCACAAAAUUAAACGGACAUACUUCGCACGAUAGAUGGACCAUUAUUGUAGGUGAAAAGUUGGGAAAGUGGAGGGGCGAAUUUAAUGCAUAUCUGUAUAUAAUAAUUAUUUACGAAAAACGAUUCUGAGCAGAGUUCGGUUUUACAUGUUUUAAAAGGCCGUAUUCAUGAUUUUGAAAAGAAAUUAAUAGAAUUCGUAAAUUUUUCCCUUUUAUUAUAAAAGCCCCUGGAAAAAUCAAAAAACGACCUCGUUCCGCUCAGAAACUAAAGAAAAAAUAAAUUUUGAAACUAAGAUUGUCAAGCAUUUCUCCUAGUCUUACCUACUACAAUAUUAAAAACAUUUUACUAUGUCGAAUAUGUUAUAAACAACAGUGUUUCGUGAACAACAGCCUCACUGCGUCUAUCUCUAACGUGGUCAACAAAAAUUAUUUGUGGCGAAUUACUGUUAUAUCUGGAAGGGUUUUUUUCUAGAAUUUCCGAAAAACAUAUUUUAGCUGUAAAUUCAUCAUCGAUUUUUAAUGUAAUAUUUUUUUUUUUAUUAUUAUUAUUAUUAUUAUUAUAGUUAUUAUAGUAUCGUAUGCAUUUCCACGUACCACGUAAAAAGCGUAGGGAGUAGCGUAGCGUUAAGUAUAAAAUCUGUGGGAUUAUAGAAUAUAAUAUAAUACGGUCGCGGCGAUGGAAAGUGGGGACAAAUAAUAUGAUGCAACGCGCGUGCGAUGGCGUGGCAAAAAAAAAAAACUUUGGCAAAAAUAGAAAUCGACUAUACUAUAGUAGAAAAACAGAUAGCGGUCGAUGCAGUGAUGGUGCCCCCCGGUGAAAAAACUCCUAUAGUAUACAUUCCAAGGCCGUUGCAAAUGCGAUUCACUGCCAAACUCGUAUUAUGUCGUAUAUACUUUUUAUUAUAAUUACUUUGAUUUUUUUAUUAUUCAUAUUUCGUUUUGCCCAACAUAUACAAACGUAUAUACACAUCAGAACGAUUUGCAGGUGUAAAUUUAUAUAUUUGCUGCUCACUGCGCUCCUCUCCUUACCCCCUCCCACCACCAUCUCAUUCGUCUGUAGCCCUAGUCAAUUGCCUUUGUCAAUUAUAUUCAUAACAAUAACAAUUGAAUUUUCGUAUAUCAUGUCAUCCGAGUUUAUAUUUGCAGAUUUUCACCUCUGACGAAACCAUAUCUGUUUAUGUGAUUUGAUCUCUCGAUGCCCAGAUAUUUUAUUGAGUCGUAAUAGUCGUUAAUUUUUUUUAAUUUAAUUUUUCCCGCGUUUUCCAACCUUUUUUUUUUUUUAACAAAAUCUAUACCCACUUUCAACGUUAUACUUUCGAUAAAUCGAACUACACGAUGGAUAGUUAUCAAUUAUUUUUGAUUCGAAACUAUUAGAUUGCAAAAAAGGUUAAAAUAAAAAAAUAACCCCCGUUUUCGAGUCGAAAUUGUCGCUCAGAUCAGGAUAUUCCGAAUUCGAAAAAAACAUUGAAUAAUAUAAUACAAUAUAAAAUUAUAUUGUAUUGUCUCAUCCCGUCGAUUUAUGGAGUUUCUACUGUAAUGAUAAUAUAUGCGGUGUAUUUCAAUUAAACGCCCAGUUUUCCCUUUCGCAUUUGAAAAUCCGAACAACGUGGAACGUACAUUUUGACAUACGCUUUCGUACGCUUUUGAAUGUAUUUUGACGAAAUGCGUAGUCUGUUGUUAUUACUGCACCCUCCGCGCGCAUAUGUGCACAAGGGUUCACGUGCAUUUUACGAAUAGCUUUCACAUUGACGUUAUAAGUGCACAUAGUAUAAAAGUCGCAUAUCGUUGCAUUUGCUGUUGUAGAUGGAAAAAUAUACCGAUACAAUAUAAACCCCAGUGUGUUGCAGACAAUGAAAAUUACGCAACGACGUAUUUCAAAAAAUAAUAUAGUACAGCACUUUAUUGCGUUGACUUUUUGUAACCUAAUUCCGGAUUUUAAUUUAAAACGUGGUUUUUUUUUUUUCUUUAUUGUUUACAGUACUAGUAGAGAAUUACGAAAUAUGAUGGAACAAAAAAGGCGGCAAAAGUUAAACGCGUGUAUCACCCAACUUUCGCAGCUAGUACCAUUCAUAUCCAAUUCCCCGAAAAAAAUGGAAAAAACUGCCGUCCUCAGACUGAGCGCCGCGUAUCUCCGACUGAGUCAAAGUAAGUGUGUCGAACAUCGGAUCGUGUUUUUUUUUUUGGUUUUAUUUUUGUAUAUAUAUAAUCUAUCAGUUUUGAUUUUUGAUUGAUGUGAUUGUUGUUAUUAUUUAUGUUUUUUUUUUUUUUUCAGUAUUACUGGGACUCGGAGAACAACAACAAGAACUACCCUUACCAUUAAGAAAUAUCAAUUUGGCCCGAAUAUUUUUAAGCGUAUGUAUUCAACAUUAUAAUCUAUUCGGUAUUAUACAGAGUGAUACAAAUAACGUAACACACUAUCAUACACUACCAUAAAUUAUUCUAGCAUCCCCACCCCCAAAAUUCCUACCUAAUGUAUCCAUCGCAUCAUUUCGCACUAAACGAAUUUUAUGUUGCAUUCUCGAAUAAAAUUUGGGAUACACCCACUUCCUCCGGGUGAUAAACAUAAAAAUAAAACGGCCGGAAAAUCCAGGUAUACAAAGUUCGGAACAUACAAAUCACGUUCAAACUCCAAAUCUAGUAUAAUACUCCAAAGAAGUUAAUCUCCUGAAGUUCAAUUCUAAAACCUAUAACGGUUGAAAAAACACGUCGGGUGUAAAUAAAGAUAAGGUAAAAGGCGAAAGUGACUUUCGCCUCGUCGGGUAUAGGUUACAUUUGAAAUAGAAAAUUCCAUAAUCUGAUAAAUGAUUUAUCUAUCACGGUCCAUAGUCUUCAAUUCGUUGGCAUAUAAUUCUUACCGAAAAUAAAUUUUAAUAAUUGAUACUUCUUUUCUUUUUCUUUUUUUAAGGUUGUAUUUCAUAUCACAGAAGUUAAAAGAAUUCAAAAGAAGUUAUCCGGGAUAUUUGCCCGUAAAAUGUAUUUGUCAAAACCAAUAAACAUUUCGUUGUAUGAAAAUAAAAAAAAUCCACAAUAAUUUUAACGAUUUAAGUCGUUCUAGUAGACUGUGCGGUUUUUUUUUUUUUUUUUUGCUCCUAGUACAGAAUAACUACUAUGCAGUUUCCGUCCUAAUCUGUUGCAGCUAAUUAUUUUACUGAACUUGGAUAAUGGAGGAGAGUGGACCCACUUCUCUACUUAAUUAGUCUACAAUCUCAAUAUAUCCGGUUUCAUCAUAAUUAAUUUGUUUUUAUUUUGAAAACUUUUUUAAGUAUAAAAAUUUACCACACAUCCUGGGAAUCUCAAAACAUUUCUAUUCCUUGCAAAUUGCAAUGUUUGAAUGGUUUUCUUUUUUUCUUUUUACAUAAUAUUUUUGACGUUAUUCACAUAAUAUGCAUGAAAAUUAAUUUGUUUAAAACGUCAUGGUUUUUAUUUUACCGAAAGAAAAUCUAUAAAGGUGUUCAAAUAAGAAUAACUAAUACAAUAUCAUAUUCGUCCAAGUGCAAGUUAUUUUUAUUAACCAUGGCAAUCAUCGGCAAAUCGAAAAAAAAUUUUCAUUUUUUUUUUUAUCAUUUUACAAAAAUAUAAUACUACUGUAUAUUAGGCUUAUAAUCGAUUCUAUUUUAUGACGAUAAACGUUUUCGCUUUUCGAUCCGAUUUUGUGUGCGUAUUACGGUUUACCGUUAUACUGUGUCAAUUUAUCCACGUUAUAUUAUGACUUUAAACAAAUUUAACCAUUUUGUUGUUAUUUUCAGGAAAGAGACAUGUACCUUAUGAUCACGUCCACCGGGAAAAUAGUGUACGUAUCAGAAGCUGUUGAAAGUUUACUGGGCCAUACCCAGGUGAGUUUUAUGAUAUUUUUUUUAAUCAAAACUAAAAAAUAACAUGAUAACAAUCAUGAUCGAAUGAUACCUAACCGAAAAUACAAUUUAAAAUAUAAGUAUAUCCGACAACCUCUUAUGGUAACAACUCCUAUGGAACAAGGUUCAUCGCUUUGUAGUUCGUUCAUUAAAAAAUCGUGUAACUGAAAACUUAUAUUAAACAGUAAAAUAAUCACUUAUUGAAUCAAGGUAAAUGAUUUUAUAUUCAUCGGUUUUACUUUGGACUGUUUUAAUUUUUAAACGCGUUUGUGUUACCAAAAAAGAUGAAAAAAUGAAAUUUGUUUUAAGUAAUAUAUAUAUUAUAUUAUACUUUAAGUGUAGCAAAUCAGUUUUGCUAAGAUGCGUUUUUUUCUCGGGAAACAUUUUUUCGUGCCGUAUCUUAGAAGUUACAAAUUUCCCGUCUGAUGUUAUUUUAUUUGAAACAUUUUCCGAAAUUCCCAACACUUUUAAAAGUGAUUUUUGUUAUGAGAGAAAUAUUCCGAUUUUUACACAUUAUCUUAAAAAAUGUUGUAUUUCCGUUCGUUGGUCCUUGGAACACUUUUUUAAAUAUGGAAAAAUACAUCGCCAAGUCUUUUCUCGGAGGGUUUUCUCGCAAAACACUUCUUAAGUUAAUACAAAAUGAUCCAAAUUAUGUUAGCUUAAAAGAUACACCAGGUGAUCAGUGGUGGAUAAUUUAUUUGAAAAAAUUCCUAACAGAUUAUAGACAAGUUAUUAACGGAUAGAAAAUAAAACCAAUACGUUUAUCGCUACGCGCAGAAUUUAAAAGAAAUGCUUAGCCGUUUUUUUUUUUUUUUUGUGUUGUACCGCGGUAUUGCUAUAACUAUAAUAAUUGUUUAUUAUUUAUUCACAGAAUAUCUAUCGUAUUUAACCUUGUACGAUUACUCUAUGUACGUUUUGAAUUUAGUUUAUAUCACAAUUAAUAUAGUUUGCAAAUGUAAUCGAAUAGUAUAAUCUGAACAAUUUCCAUUAUUUUCAUUAUUUAAUAAAUUUCUAAAUUAAUAUAACUACGAACUCAGUUUUAAACCCUUCUAUUUUGAUAAGGUUUAGAUUGGACUUUGGUAGCAAAUUUUAGUUAGUUGGUGCAUUGGAAAGCUAAUUUCGUUUAAUUUUCCUUGUACGUUUCUUAAUAAUUGUCAAAAACGUAAAUAUUUACACAAUAACGGUAUCCGUUCGAUUUUGUUUUUUUUUUUUUUUAAUUCAGUAAACAUCUUCGAAAAUUUGUCACGGGUUUCAUCAUAAAUUGUACUAAUUAUAAUUGUGUACUUGUUUCGUUAGCUCUCAUUUACCGUUGCGUACAUAUAUACCUGCGAUAUGCGCGGUGGUGAUAUUGUAAUCAACGAGAUCCAUCAUUAAGAUAGGGGUUGAUUUUUGGGUUUUUAUGAGCUGUGUUUUUGAGAUAGUAAAUUUUGUUUUAAUGCAUUCGAAUCACAGUAUUUAUAUAUAUAUCCGAUUAUAAUAACGAUUUCAAACACGAAUAUCGGUUAAUCGAAUUCAAAUAUAUGUUUUAUGUUUUAAUUUAUAGUUGCAGUUAUUGUUCGCUGCUAAACGCAUAUUUUGUCGUAGGAUUUAUAUUGGCAAUUUAUUGUGUAUCCACUUGCCACCGCGGGUCAUAUAAUACAUAAAAUGCACUGUAUCCGGUGUCGUUUUUACGAUUAUAAUCGCACGUAAAAUUACGUACUUACAAAUAAAAAAAAAAAAAAAGUCGUUUAUCAUAUAAUUUGCAGUAUAAAUUGCGCAUGGUGAAAAUUCGAGAGUAAAAUUACACCAAUGCUGCCAAAACAACAUUAUCGAAAAGAAAAAAAUUAGCUUUGAUUUACCGACUUACGAGUCAUGCGUUUGCCUAAGUUACUGGUUAACUUUAAAUGCGAACGUCGAAUACCAUUCGAUGAUUUUAUUAAAUUUAUUUAUUUUUUUAUUUUUUGUAUACGUGUAUAAUAUAAAGACGCAAUGCAAUAUAUAAUACACUAUAUUGAUUUCCCCUCCCUCCGAGAAUCUCCUUUCCUCCCACCUUCGUAUGCACUCGCCAAGGACACCGUUCUUAUAUUAUCGUCGCCGAGCAUGUCGGACGAUAAACCUGUAUAUUAUUAUAAAUAUUGCAUCCGUUCGACCUUUUUUGUUUUUUUUUUCUAUCUAUAUAUUAUCCUUGAAAGAUAAUAUUAUUAGACAGACAUCACCAUCAAUAUUUUAUUCGGUUAUAAUAAACACGCCACGCCGUUUACGUGCCCAGGGGAAGGGAUUAUAGAGCUCCAGCACUCGCUACCCCAUUGAUCGUUUAAAAAUAUAAAAAAAAAUAACCUCGAAAAUAUCAAAUCCUUGUAAAUAGUUCAAAAGUCGUCAGAAAACCACAAUGUUUUACCGCGUUUAGAAAAGGCUAAUAUAAAAUGUUUGGUCCCUAUGAUUAUUUUUAAUCGAGCUGCAAUAAAAACAAAAUCAUAAUGAAUUUGUUAAUAUUUUCUUGUAGGUUAUUAAGAAACUCCAUGGAAAAUCAAAAAAACAACUUUCUUAAGAUCUACUGGACAAUAAUUUUUUCAGAAAAGCUGUUACUUUUGAUAUUUUGAUCGUCAUUUUUUGGUAGAAAAAUAAAUUAUAUUGUCGUAAAUGUGUCCGGUUUUCCACAAUUGUAUGGAAACUAGUUAGAAAAUCAAAAAAAGUCUACAGUCCAGUUCACCAACUUAUACGAAAUUCGCUACCAAAAACCACCCUUGAUUUCGAUAGAAAAGUCGUUAAUAGACAGAACACAUAAAUACAGCAUUAAAACUAAUACAUUUCUCUCUUUACGAUAAUCUUCGCACUGAUAUUUUAACUCGCAACCGAGUACAAAUAAUGAUUGUACUGCACAAUAAUUAUAAUGUACUUAGCAAAAUAAUAACCUCGAGAAAAAGGCUUUGUAUGAUAUAUUUAGACGUAUGCGGUGGUGGAUUGAAGGGAGUCAUAAAGUCCCUCCCCUGCCACAGAUCUAGAUAAUAUACUAGAUAGCUAACUGCUAAAUACUGUCCAUAUAAUAAUGCUUAAUGAUGCUUGAAGCGGACGGCAGGCAUUUAAUUCUAGCUCCGUAGGCCUUAUCAUAAUAUGCGUUAUAUUGUGAUAACUGUUGAAUCUUUUCAUUAUUGUUACCUCGACGACCAAGACCCCGAUUGUUAAAAAUAUCACGCAAACGUAACAAUCAUCACAAUAUCAAAACGGAGCACAAGACAACUUCACGUCUUAUCACUAAUCAGCGAUCUAGUUUAUUACCAAUGCAUAUAUACAUCUGUGCCCCCUCUCGCAUUGGUGAUAGGUGAUAUUUUGUAAAUGAAUUAAUACAAUUUCGAUUAUGAUAAGAAUGUUAUGCGAGAAGCGCGAUUAUGUUGUAAUGACAAUGAUAACCAAUGAGAACGUCGUGUUCGGCUGUGGCGCUGAUUCUCAUAUCGCGUACGGACGCCGUCGCCUAAGUCUAUUAUUAUUGCGCGCGCGUUUCGACAACGCUGCAACGAAAACAUCAGCUGUUUAAUGCAUUUUCGCAGCGAUAAUAUUAUUAUUAUUACGUCUUCUGCAGCUAGCCGCGAAUCAAGGUCGACCCUCAAUCGUUAUUUCCCACUAUUUAUUUUUUUUUUCCUAUGCAACCGCUUGGCCUGCAGCGAGCAUCGUGUAAAUAUUAAUAAUAUUAUGAUAAAAUAAUAAUAUGUUGUACCGUAAUUUUUCGGGGAUUUUUUUUUUUUUAUCGACCUCGUAUUGUAACUCGAUCGCUACUUAUACGUACGUAAAAAAAAAAAACCGCGCUUUUUCCCCGCAUCGUUAUUAUUUUCACCAUUUCACGCGCCGUGUACGUCAAACCUUUUGUUUUCUCGUUAGUAAACUCGAUCGGAUUCAAUAUACUUUUGCAUUUGCUGUGCCGCAGCGAUCGAUCGCGUGUGGGUUGGUCUACUAAUUUUAUAAAAUACAAGGUGAUCAAUAUCAAAACGUUAGACACUGUCAUCAUCUCACUAUUAUACCUAUACAUUUUCAAUACUAUUAUCAUUGCUUUUUUAAAGAUGCGGAUUUUUCUAAAAAAUAAAAUAAUACAAAUAAUAAUUGACUUCAAAUAACAAAUUCGUCCUCGUUUUUAUUUUUGUUGAUUUGUGAAUUACCUCGGCUGCAGUGGAAAUAAACGCCUUACAUAAGGCUAAUAAUCUCCGUCAUUAAAGUCGAAUUUUCCCCCACCUAUUUUUUAUUAUAUAAAUAUUUUUAGUAAAACAUUAAAUAACCGAAUACUAAAAUAUAGGUAAUGUAUUUCUACACCAUAGUACAACUAUAACAUACUACCUAGUUCCAAAAACAAAAUGGUGAAAGUCAAGCACACAAAAUAGUAGGGCUGGAGGUUGAAAUUUGAAAUCCCUAAAAUGUACUUAUUUGAUGCUAUUAUAAUGUCACGUAUUAUACAAUAUUUUACUAAACCGUUUUCAACCGGAGGGUCUGUAGGGAUGGUUCAAAACUAUAAAAAGACAUCCUCUUCCCGCAACAACACAGUGAAAUUCAACACGACUUUUUUUAAUCAGUCAUUCAAUCCGACUAUAAAAAAAAAAUUCUGAUUCCGGGAGUUAGGGAUCACAUUUGGUCCAUUUAUGAAGCCGCUAUAAAAAAAAUAAUAUGUAACUAUUCUGCAGUACUAUACAGAUGUGUAUCUUCAGUUGGGGAAAAUUUGACAAAAAUUGUGAUAAUGACUGUGCAUAAUAAUCAAUACAGUGAUAGUAUAGUUUGAAAUUGUUUGAAAGUCUUUAAAAAAAAAUCAUUAUAAAGACCCGUUUAUAGGCUAAUAAACAGCUGCCCAACUAAUAGCUGAUAAUAAUAUUAUAUUUACUGCAAUAAUACUAAUAAACAAAUUUUUAGAGGGUAUAGUAGCGGUCGGUACAUUCACAGAUGUGUUGCGUUCAAAAUAAUAAUAAUAACAAAUAAAAAAACAAUAUAAUUAUUAUUCUGAAACGUUCGAAUCGUUGGCCCUGGAACUGGCGAUUUGAGACGGUCCUCGCGGUUUAUUGUUAUUAAUGAACAAUUAUGGCAUUCCGUCCUAAAUUUUUAUUUUCUGAUGCUCUUAAUUUUAACUAUAAGGAACCCAGUCAUUGGUUUAUAACAAAAUAUAUUGUGUGUGUGUGUGUGUGUGUGUGUGUGUGUGUGUGUGUGUGUGUGUGUGUGUGCUAUUUUUUAAGAGUAUAAUGUAUUUAUUUUAAAUUUACGUGUUAAAUGGUUCGAUUGGAAGCGGAGCGAGAAAUAUAUUGGUUUUACAAUGAUGUUUAAAAUAUUUUUCUGUUUACAAAUUUUCUAAAAAUUUUGCUCCGAUUUUCAAGUAUAGCUUCUUUUCUGAAAGGAAAUUUGACUAGAGCGGUACUUUAAAUAGGUAAUUUUUUAAUUUUCUCAGAGAUUUUCAUAAUAAAUAGGAAUAAACGUAGGGAAACGAGAAUAUGUACGAAAUUUAUUAUUUUUAAAUCGUAAAUAUUACGGCCUUUCAAAACAUGUACAAUCGAACACCUCUCAGAAUCGUUUAUAAUUAGCAAAGAUUAAUCGUUGUGUACAGAUGUAUAUUAAAUUUCCCUUUACCUUCCCAAAUUUUCUUCUAUAAUAGUGGCCCACCUAUUGUGCAAAGUAUGUACGUUUAUUUUUCGAUCGCGUCUAUUAUAAAUACGACAAAUCAAAAAUAUAUUCCCUAUAAGGUACUUGGUAAAUUUGAACAGCAUAUUUUUCGAAUUUCCUUCUCCUUUUAACCGUCCUCAUGGAAAUUGUUGAAAUUCUACUAAUAAAAAAAUAGAACUAUUUUAAUGUUAAGCGAUUGUCUAUUGAAAGUGCUUUUAAGGCGUAAUAGAAUUCUUAAAUAAUUAUUACAUGGGCUCUUGAACCAAUUUUAGUUUUAUCUUUUAAUAUCUUAUUUAUUUUGGGUUAAAAAUUAUGUUACGUUCUAAUUUAUGGGCUGAAAAAGGAUUAGUGAAGCGAACUUUGGGAUAUUAUGUAAAGACUGUUGAAAACGAUUCGUUUUUUCAUACAUUUACACCAAUAAGCUAUAAAAUAGACAUAAUUUCGUUAGUCAAAUUCUGUUUUGAAAAAUGAUUUGACUUCCUAUAUUUCUUAUCUAUGUGUUUUAGAAAAACAUUUUUUUUCUCACGACACUUAUUUUAUUUACGAAUUUUUUAUUAAAAAAAAAAAAUUUAAUUCAUCACGUACCUCUACCAACAAAAUUUGUUGAAAACAAAUUAAACAUUUAAUGAUUCCGAAAAAACAUAGAUAAAAAAAAAUCAAAAAAUUUAAAUUGGUUGAGUUAUUAUUCCUGUUUUUUAUUGAUCGAAAACGGCCGUACCUCUCAUACUCUUAUCCCUAAACCUUAUAUCAGGGAGUCGAUUAGUGAAGAACUCUUAUCAUUAUGAUAAUUUAUAGGCAAACUAUAAUUUUCAAAUUUUACAAAAUUGAAAAGAAUUUGAGAAAACCCGUUUCCAACCCCCCUCUAUUUUCUUCAUCCAUAUAAUACCUUUAUUAUAUAGAUAAAUAAAAUCAUCAUCCGCUGGAUAUGAUACCAAAAAUGUUGGUUUCAAAAAUUAUUUUCAUUCAACGUAUACAAAUGGUGGCUGUAUGCUUAUUCCAAUUAAAACUAAAUUUCGAAAAAAAGGAAAGUAUUUAUUGUCUAAGACACCACAUUUAAAUGCAUUGGCUUAUCAAGAAAUUUAGAAAAUUAAUAAGGAUAAUUGUUUGUGUUAACAUAUUUUUGUAUUCGGCACGAUUUUCGGUGUUGAGUUCUCGUCUAUAAAAUCCGUUAGAGGCCGAUUUUCCCGCCUUCACUAUUUAUAUUGGUCAAAAUUGUUCACAUUAAAUUUUUUUUAUUAUUUAUCCGGUUUUCGUGCGAAAUAAUUGGAAAACAAUAUAAUAUGAAGUGCAGGCGGAUAACAAAUUGGAUGAAAUAAUAAUUCAGGUAGGUAUUGUUGAAAUCAUAUUCAUCUGGGAUUUUCGUCUGACGUUUGAAUUUAUUCGUGAACAAAAUAAAUUUACGACGAAACGAUAGAAUACAUAAUAAUUUAUUAUUUGCUCGCGUAAAUAAAAAAAAAAAAAAUAAAAAAAAACGAAUAAAUUAGAAUGUUAUUAUGUUUUUCACAGUACCCGACCUAUAAUGAUUUCUGUAUUAUAAUAAUAAUAAUAACGUAUACCGGGAUAAUAUUGUAUUGGGAUCGAAGGACUAACGAUAUUGUGGAGUUCAUGCCCGUGGUAAAGUUGAAUGUAUAGCAGCAAAUUUGUGAUUGUCCACGGGGGGCAUUCUAUGGAAAAAUAAUAAAAUAUCGCUUCGUUAAAAUAUCGUCCACGUGUUUGUUUUUAUUUAUCAUAUAAUAUAUUUAACCAAAAAAUACUAACUUAGGUAGGUGUAAAGGUAUAAUAUGCUAUGAUGUAAAAAAAGAAAAGAAAAGUUUUAUUCCCUCAUAGUUUUAGACAUUAAACCAUUUUUUUUUUUUUUUCUUUAUUUUUCUAUUACAGAACGAUCUCUUUGGACAUUCGUUGUACAAUAUUAUCUGUCCGAUUGACCGCGACGAACUCAAGAAGAAUCUUAAGUGUGACGAAGAAUUGGAUGAAUCCGGCAGUAGUACCAGUGAGUUAAUAAUAGUUUAUUAACUAAUUUGUACUUAUUGGUAUUUAAUUAUUAUUAUUAUUUUGAGGCGGGUUUUUUUUUUGUACUCCUUUAAUUGUCUAGAGCAGUGGUUCCAACCGGGGGAGAAUUUCCACAUUAUUAUGAAAACAUAAUAGUACUGUUGUGUUGUUGUUGUACCGAAAAUUUCACUUUCCGAACAAUUCCAAAAUUUAUCACUUUUCACAUACACACCCUGUAAAACGCAUAGAUUUUUGUUUGUUUUUUUUUCAUCCAUGUUACCAAGGUAGCCCAUCUUAUUUUAAGUUGUUAUUUUUAUUUUUUUGUUUUAAGUUUUUUUUUCAUUUCAUCCAUGUUUCUAUGGUAUUCCACAAUUCAACAAAAAUAAUUUAAUUUUUGUACCAAAAAUAACCCAGAAACCUUUUAUUCCUUUAUUUCAUUUUCUUCAAGUUUUAUUUUCGCGACAAUACUUUUUAUCGCGAAUUGUAUAAAAAAUAAAAAUUAUAAUUUAGUUUUAUUACCUAUUAUUAUACUGCGCCAGAGCAGAGGACAACUGAUCAAAGCACAGGGAGGCUAACCUAUUAUUCCCGCCCAAUAAAAUAUAAAUAUAACUUUAGGAAUAAUGUAAACAAAUAUUUAAUAUUAAAAUAUCAAAUACAAGUAUAUUAUACUAUUUAGUUAUUUUAAAAUAUAACUGAUAUUAUCGUUUUGACAAAACCAGUCAAAAUUGAUUAUAAUUCUGUGACAUUGUCGCUAUUCACUACAUAAAUCACGUAUUAUAAUUCGAUACUUAAUAAUCUAUGGCAAAUUGGCAACACUAUAUAUAUAUAUGUAUACAGAAAUUUAAUUAAAUUUUGGUUUUAAGUUUGGUUACUCUUAAGUUAUGUUUUUAACCGAAAUGAUGUGCUUAAUUUAGGGUUUCAAAUGAACAGCAAUGCAAUUCUGGUUCACAUUUUCUCAAAGAAAAAAGUUUAUCAUUGGUGUCCACAAAUCAUACAAACAUACUAUAUGUACAUAUAUAUUAUAGGGAAUUUAAAAAAAUUAUGUUUUAUGGUUCAAUAAAUUAUCCAUUUCAAACACUGGUGGUAAAAAACAAAUCGUGAAAGUGAGCCCUUCUCCUACAUGCAUAUCAUGAGAGGGAAAGAUGGGUUUAAGGAAAUAUAAAGUAUGUAGCUAUAGAUAGUUUUACCAUCUAUAUUUUUACCACACCCCCCCCCCCCUCUCCAUAAGAAAAAUGUUUCAAUCUCUUUCACUGAUUUGUUUUAUAAUCCUGAUUCGAAUAUUAUAUUCCAGUUACUAAUGACGAUCCUUCGCUGAGCGCCAAACUGGGAGGUCAAAAUAGCGGUAUCAAAAUUCAACGCCGAUCGUUUUAUUUGCGGUUGGUUAAAAAAGCCGUUUCGCGUGGCGAACAACCCGGGCUGGAGCUGGUGUACGUGUCAGGCUGUUUGUUAAUACUGCCAAAUUCCGGAACAAAACGUACGAGUACAUAAUAUUUUUGCAACAAAUUUAUUAAAAAAAUAUAUAAUAUACCUAUUGAAUAUUUUAGUGGAAAUUAACGUUAUUUUUUUUUUUUAUAUCAUUGCAGCUUCUUUGUUAGGAGAAAAUUCCGUUUUGUUGCACGCGGUCGUCAGACCGUUCAACGAACGUCGAGUUACCGAAGUGUCUCUAUUGGAAGCCACCAAAGAAGAAUACAUAACUAGACAUCUACUCGACGGCCGUAUUAUCUACGUUGAUCACAGGUGAUUUUCAAAACAUUGGCUAACAUAUUUUAGAAGUAGUGUAUUGUUUUAAAAAUCUAAAACGUUGUUUUAUGUAAAAAAAAAUUUAUUGAAUUGUUUACGAACUUAACCUUUUUAGAUGUUUCGUCGUUGGCUUUUUUUCUAGUUUUUAAAAUAACAUUUUUGAAAUGUACAAUGAUAGAUUUUGAAAAUCUUAUUUUUUGACACAAAGAUCAUGUUUGAAUAUUAAUUUGUUGAAAAUUUAAUUUAAUUUAAUUUUUUAAUAGAAUAUCAAUAGUGUCUGGAUUUAUGCCACAAGAGGUGUCUGGAACAUUGGCGUUUACAUACAUGCACAAAGACGAUGUCCGCUGGGUGAUGAUUGCUCUGAGACAAAGUAAAUUUUAUUAACAUAAAAUGAAUUAAAUACCAGAAAAUAUAAAACUCAAGUACUACUAAAAGUGUUAUACUUUAUUUAUUGCAGUGUAUUUCAAAGGUCAAAGUUUUGGCAGCAGUUGUUAUAGGUUGUUGUCGAAAAAUGGGCAAUUUGUGUACAUGAAAACCUACGGAUUUUUAGAACUUAAUCCGGACGAAGAUCAGGUCGCAUCAUUUAUUUGUGUAAACGUUUUAGUCAGCCCCGAAGAAGGCAAAAGAGAAAUCCUAAAAAUGAGAGAACGGUUUACUCCUUUAAUCCGCAGUCGUUCAGAGCCCGGAAUUACUGCCAUCACUAACAAUCAGAUUGUAAGUAUACUUAUGCAAUAGUGGCCUGAUACAAUUUGUAUUAUAUGAUUUACAUUGUCUUAGAUGGAAGCCGAUACCACAACAUCGUUGGAAGGAUCCACCACUGAAGAUCUUUCAACCAUUAACAAGGUCGUGGAACAAAUGACGAAAAACAUACCGGCACCGGCAAUAGACAAUGUAAAAGAAACGUCACAAAACCCAGGUCCUCUACCAGACAGUCAAUUCUUUAAGGUUAAACUUUUUUCAAAAUCUAUGCCUCCGGUGUUGACUUCCAACGCACCUAAAAUAGAAAAAAAAUCAUCCAUGUCACCACAGCCAAAUAAUAACAAUAUAAAUGUGCCAAUCAAAUCAGUUACUGAAGUGGUAAAGCCUGUUAUUGCUGAAGUGAAGCCUUUUACUCAAGCUAAACCUACUACUCAAGUGAAACCAAUUGUUCAAGAUCGGCCAUCAGUCCUCCGAGUGGCACCACCCGUAGCUCGACAGCCCGUUGUGGUUUAUGCACUGCAGACUGACAAGUACGCUGAGGAAGACCAAGAAUAUCUAGAGCGCAGGGGUGGUAUACUCGUAGGACCAAAAAGACAUAACGACCAUCAAGAUGCACUUGGAAACUGGUCAAAAAAACCUAAAAUCCUGCUGGAAUCACAAACCAGUUCACAGUCUGACAGUAGUCAGCUUAGCAUUGACAGUUAUGAUUCUAUGGACGAUUUAUCUCAUUUCCGGGAUCCCAUUAAAUACCAUGCACACCCCAUACACAAUGAACACAAUAUCAAUUUAGGUAAUAAUAUACUUAAUAUUAAAAAAUAAUAAAAUAAUUAUUAAUAUGCAUAUAAAUUGUAUGCAAUCCUUUAAAAUAAAAUAGUGUUUAUAGCAUUAUUCUUAAAAAUGUAUAAAAGUAAUUUUUUUUUAUUUCUUAGAUCCUUUAACUAAUGUGACUCUAACAACAGGUCUCGAUCAUUUUUCGGUAAGAUUUUCUUAAACAGUACUAUUAUUUUAAGAUUGCCAUUAUUUUCAUUAUUAAUAAUUUUUCUCUGUGGGUGCUUUUACUUAAAUUUUAGGCAAUUUUGUUUUGCUUGAUUAUAUAUAAAUACAAUUUAUUUUUUUUUUUGUGACUCAAAAUAAAUCUACUUUUUUUUAUAUUGUGUUAGGUAACAGCACAAUAAAAUAAUUAUGGGUAUAGCAAAUUUAAAUUUAUUAAUGCUUCAGAUUGUGAUCUAGAUGAUCCUCGCUAUUAACUUCUUUUUACAUGUUAUAAAACAUUAAUUUACAAAACAUAAUAACCUAACUGUGUGUGUUUGCUGCACUUAGAUGCAUAAUUAUGUAUCUACUGCACUUUAAUGCAUAUAAUUUGCUUUCUGCACACUAUGAAAAAUAUUAAUCUAUCAAUUUGUUGUAAUAUAUAUUUUGUAAUAUUUAAUCCCAUAGGUAUGUUUCUUUUUUCUUACCUCAGUGUUUUUGCGAGUAUAAUUUUUUAAUAUAAACAUUUCAUAACUCAAUUUAUUAAACUUGUCAUAAUACAUUAUUUUCAACCUACUACGAUAUUAAGUUUAAUGUGGUUUCCUUUAUUUGAUUUUUAGCCUCGUAAUUCAAAAAUAAUAUUUAAGUCCACCUGUACUAUCUGUAAUGCAAAAACGUAGCCUUCUCCUGUUAAUGACGAUGGCAGUCUUAAAUUUGUUACACAAACAUUUGUAUACAUUUACUUACAUAAAUAUACCUGUAUAUAUAUAAUGAUGUUAUGAUUCCAGAACACCCUCGACGAUAACAACUCAUCGGUUGACCCUUUAUUUAUGUCACCAGAUAAUGUUAUAAUUAAUUAUAAUUCCUACGAGACCGGUAUUUAAAUAUUAAAGUUUAAAUAUAAUGAUGUGCAAUAUUAAUAUUUGACAACGUUUAUAGAUUUAUGUAACGAAGGAAAUUCAAUAAACAUCACUCAAGAUCCGGUUAGUUUUUCGUUUUAUGUUUUAAAAAUAUUAUAAUUACUAUAGACUUAAUAGUAAUAAUAAUAAUAAUAAUAAUUUACAUUUAGUUAAUGCAAGUGCUACAAGAGGAUGGUGCCGAAGAGAGUGAACAACUGGUGAAAAAACAAUUGCUGCUUAAAACUAAAAUGGACCAACAACAAGGUCAACUCAAUGAAAUCCAAACAGGAUUAGACUCGCUUUCUUCGAAUGCUGAUACCCGGUUCUUAAAGUCAAAUUAUUCCAACUUAAAAGUACGUAUUGUUAUUAUUUCUACAAAUAAUUAAAGGAAAAUAUUGUAUUUUAAACUCUUGAUAUUUGUACUUAGGCAGUACAUGAGGAACAGGCAAAACAGUUCUUACGCACGGUACAAAAACACCAGAACAUUGGUGUGUAA